CUGGAAACAAGAACAGGAAGUGUUACAUGAAAUCACAAUAUGGAUGGGAAAGUGUCACAGAUGUUUUCAGAAAACUACUAAAUGGAAGAAACAGAAACUGAAGACGUCUGAGUUGCGCAUUACGGUAAAUAUUUCAUUACAAUAAUGUAUUAUCCUUUUUCUGUUUACUCUUAUAUACUCAUGAAUAUAUCUUGUUAAGUAAAAAAAAAAAUGUUGGAAUGUGACCAGGAAUAUUUAUAUUUGUCUAUAUUAUUCAGAUGUUGUUAGACAUGAAACAGAUUUGUUAGCCAUGCCAUUUCUCUGAUCAUGACUAUAUUAAUUAAUUUGUUUUAGCACUGGUUUUGUUUUAUAUAAUAUAUAUACUACAAUGUGUAAAAAUAAAACAAAACAGUAACAUUUAGAAAAUACAUUUAAAUUAAGUAACACAGCUAUAUGAAUAAACAACUUAGGAGAUAUUCUGAAAUGCUAAAUGAUGUUGUCAGUAUAAACUACUGCAUGUGAAACAUAUAAAGUCCUCAUGUCUUUGGAUAUACUGUACUAUUGUCUUUCACAGAAACACCUUUUAUAGGUAAACAGCAAAGUGUGAACUACUUGCAGAUUCGUAAUUUGUUCAGAGAGCAUUAUAUUUAAAAAAAAAUUCUACUUUGCAAAUGCUGCAGGUUAAAAUGAAAUUUUUAAACAGAUUAUGUUAAUGAAGCAUCUAUUUAAAAUUAAUAUCUUUUUUAAACCAAGCAAUGUUUUUAGGCUAUAUUAAUAUUACAAAUGUAAUAAUUCCCAUUCCUUCUUGUUCAAAUAAAUAGAUUAUGGAAGUCUUCAAGAAAAAUUGUCAUGUUAUUGCACAUUGUGUAAGCUCGUUUGAACAGCAACCUAUUGUCUCAGUAACAUUUUGUAAUUGUCUUAUGCAUCGUUAAAUUUCCCCCUUUAAUAAUAUUGCAUAGUGAAGUGGAUUAAGUUGGCGCUAUAUAAAUGCCAAAAAUAAUAAUAAAAUAAUCAUUAUGAAAAAUAGCUGUAAUUAAUUUUAAUAAUUUCCCUCCCCACAUUCAACAUUGCUUUAAAAAAGAUAAAAAUGUAUUUGUUUAUAAAAUGUGUUGCAUUAAGGGUGUAUCUGUAAUUCAUUUUAAUAAUUUCCCUCCCCACAUUCAACAUUGCUUUAAAAAAGAUAAAAAUUUAUUUGUUUAUAAAAUGUGUUGCAUUAAGGGUUUUGUGCAUUUAAUAAUACAUUUCAAAGUUAUAGACAAUAUUUAUAUAGCUUUCGUGCACAUUUCUCCUCCUCAUUUAUCUCUGUGUACUGCAAUAUCACGAUCUUCCUCUAGUGAGCGCUAAUAAAAUCCUACCCUAAAAGAAAACUAAAAAACACAAAUCUAAAAGAAAACUAAAAAGCACAAAGUGAGUUAUGUGCUUUAUAAAUAAUAAAACAUACCUUUAUUAUUGGAGCACGUUCUUAUGGUUCUUUGAAGGCUCCUAGAAAUAUAUCCCCAAAAAAUAAAUAAAAACAGAAAGAAAAAUUAUAAAAUUGAUAUACAUUUAUACAGUAAGAUUAUCACAACAAAUACUUUACUGACAUAAAAUAAUGUUGACUGAUACAAAAGGUGAAGAACACCCAACUCAAAUGUGCUUUAAAAAGGGAAAGGGGUAGAAUAUGAGGGGUUGAUAUAUAUGGAUAUGAUGUGGUUCUUGUAUGUGUCUUGGGUGUCUUGUUGAUACCAUAUUUGGUACAGGUAUCCUAUCAAUGCGAUAUGGUGUAUAUAUGUAUUAUGUGGAGAUAGAUAGAUGUGCAGUGAAAUUUUAAUAAUUUUUGUACGGUUAUUUCACAAUUACAAAGCAGAGUAAACAGAUUGACUCACUUCCUUAUUGUACAAAACUGGAAAAUAUGUUGCCUCUUUACAAAUAAUAAUUACAAUUUUAAUCUAGAAUUGUGAAAAAUGUGUUUUAAGACCAUAUGUUAUAGAUCGCGAGGGGAGCAGUGUCAGAACUAACAUAAAAACUAAAUAAAGCAUUUAGCACUGAGCACUGUAAGCAUGUUUUAUAUGCAGGGCCGAACUGGGAAUUAAAAGCAGCCCUGGAAAAAAAAUAUUUACCAGCCCCAUAAUGCGUCGCGCCAGCAUAGUGUGCAGAUACAGAGUUAGAAAAGAUAACUUAAAAUUAAAAAAUAUUACUCUAACGUAAAAAGCGCACUCAUAGGCUUCAAAAUAAAUAAAAGUGCAGAUUUAUUUUAAGCAGACGUGCCUUUGCAUGUAAUCAAUGUUUCAGUCCAACUACAUUGAUAUAUUAAGGAAAGCUUGGUAAUGGGACUGAAAUGGUGAAGGUAUGUAGGGCACAACUGUAAAAAAUAAUGUUACCUUGUUUAUUUUGAAGACCUGUGGGUGCGCUCUUCACUUUAAAUAUGUUAUUGUGCUGGAGUAUGCACCUAGCAACAAGACUGGGCACAUAUCUGCUCAUUACAUAUGGUACAUAUUAAUGAAAUUUCUCUGUGUAUUAUGCAUAUGUAAAUGUACAAUAAUAUAUGUGUAAAUAUAAUAGGCAUAAUUCUAUAUAUAUAUAUAUGUAGAACAAAAGAUGCACUCUUUUCUACAUAAUUAUUUAUCAGCGUGAGAUUGCACCAGGGCCCUUCUAUUAUCUAUUAUAUUAGUAAGGGUGAGUGCCAUUACUUGUGAUAUAUAUAUAUAUAUAUAUAAAACUAAUACACACAUUAAUAUACAUGUCACAUACCAGUGGCGGAUCCAGAGCCUGAUCCUGGGAGGGGCACUUGUAGAUUAUUUAAAGAAAUAUUCCAUGCGCAAUAACCACUACUCCUCUGUGUAGUGGUUAUGGUGCCAGAAGUGCCGGGACCCCCUCCCAGAGUAAAUAGUCAAACCGUUUAAGAACAGUUUGACAACUUACCUGGGAUCUGCUGGGUUUUGGGGCUGUAGUAGGGUAUAUGUAAAGGUUCAGUGUGUGUGGGGGGGUGUUGCGUGUGAAUGUGUAGCGUGUGUGGGGCAAUGUGUGUAUGGGGGGCAGUGUGUGAAUGUGUAUGGUGUGUGUGGGGGCAGUGUGUGAAUGUGUAUGGUGUGUGAUUGUGGGGGCAGUGUGUGUAUGGGGCUAGAGUUCACUCUCACUACUGCGACCACCAGGAAUCCUGUGUUUUUAAGCUGAAUAUAUACAUACACUGUGAUACACAUAUACACGCUGAAACAUAUGGAGAUUCACAGAUUUCCACACAGAAACACAUACAGGUAGAGGCUCAGUGAUACAUACACUGAUACACACAGAUACACACAUAAAAAGAUACACAGAUACACAUACUGAAAACAUACAGAUACACACUGACACGCAUACAGAUGAGUGUGUGUGUAUGGACUCAGCAGUCUGUGUGUGUGUGUGUGUGUGUGUCUGUAUGUAUGUAUGGACUCAGCAGUCUGUGUGUGUGUAUGGACUCAGCAGUCUGUGUGUGAGUCUGUGUGUAUGGACUCAGCAGUCUGUGUGUGUGUCUCUGUGUGUGUGUGUGUGUCUGUGUGUAUGUAUGGACUCAGCAGUCUGUGUGGGUGUAUGGACUCAGCAGUCUGUGUCUAUGUGUGUGUAUGGACUCAGCAGUCUGUGUGGUUGUAUGGACUCAGCAGUCUGUGUGUGUGUGUGUGUGUGUGUGUAUGGACUCAGCAGUCUGUGUGUGUGUAUGGACUCAGCAGUCUGUGUGUGUGUGUUUAAGCUGAAUAUAUACAUACACUGUGAUACACAUAUACACGCAGAAACAUAUGGAGAUUCACAGAUUUCCACACAGAAACACAUACAGGUAGAGGCUCAGUGAUACAUACACUGAUACACACAGAUACACACAUAAAAAGAUACACAGAUACACAUACUGAAAACAUACAGAUACACACUGACACGCAUACAGAUGAGUGUGUGUGUAUGGACUCAGCAGUCUGUGUGUGUGUGUCUGUAUGUAUGUAUGGACUCAGCAGUCUGUGUGUGUGUAUGGACUCAGCAGUCUGUGUGUGAGUCUGUGUGUGUAUGGACUCAGCAGUCUGUGUGUGUGUCUCUGUGUGUGUGUGUGUCUGUGUGUAUGUAUGGACUCAGCAGUCUGUGUGGGUGUAUGGACUCAGCAGUCUGUGUCUGUGUGUGUGUAUGGACUCAGCAGUCUGUGUGUGUGUGUGUGUGUGUAUGGACUCAGCAGUCUGUGUGUGUGUAUGGACUCAGCAGUCUGUGUGUGUGUGUGUGUGUGUGUGUAUGGACUCAGCAGUCUGCGUGUGUGUGUGUGUGUGUAUGGACUCAGCAGUCUGUUUGUGUGUCUGUGUGUGUAUGGACUCAGCAGUCUGUGUGUGUAUAUGUGUGUGUGGACUCAGCAGUCUGUGUGUGUGUGUGUGUGUGUGUGUACUCAGCAGUCUGUCUGUGUGUGUGUGUGUGUGUGUGUCUGUCUGUAUGGACUCAGCAGUCUGUGUGCGUGUGUGUGUAUGGACUCAGCAGUCUGUUUGUGUGUCUGUGUGUGUGUAUGGACUCAGCAGUCUAUCAAUAAUUAAAAUUCCUGUGAGUUGUUGUGUAGGAAGGGCCCCAGUGCACUGCUUUGCCCUGGGCCCCUUAACGCUUUUAAAAUGGUACUGCUUGUGUGUGUCAGUGAGCUUCUAUUUAGUGAGCAUGUGUGUGUCAGUGAGCUUGUCUUUAGUGAGCUUGUGUGUGUCCCUGAACUUCUUUGUAGUGAGCCUUCUGUUUAUACAAGUGAGUUUGUCUGUAGUAAGCUUGCGUGUGAGUCAGAGAGUUUUGUCUGUCAGUAAGCCUAUUUGUGCAUGUCAGUGAGCUUGUGUGCUUACUGUACAUAUAUAUAUAUAUAUAUAUACACAUAUAUAUAUAUAUAUAUAUAUAUAUAUAUUGACUUGUAGGAAUGGCAUACAUUUUUUUCCAGGACUGCUUUGGAUUCCCAGGGAUUCCCAGUUUGGCUCUGCCAGCGAGUGCGCUUUACCACUGAAUCAUCUGUGUGAGCUGCCGCACACUUUAGCCCUGUUACAUGUGUCUGGGAGCUGCUGUUAACAGGUACUAGUAGUCUAGAGAUUGGGACAUGGGGUAUAUGCUCAGCUAUCUGUAUAAUACUAUAGUGCUGUUUUCUGUAUAAUACAGAUCUGUGUGUAUAUAAUAUCCUGGGAUAGUCAGUGCUUCCUGUAUAGUGCUGCUCUCUGUAUAAUACAGGCAUGUGUCUGUAUAAUAUCCCGGGAAAGUCAGUGCUCCCUGUAUAGUGCUGCUCUCUGUCUUGGGAUAUUAUACACAAACAGACCUGUAUUAUACAGAGAGCAGCAUUAUACAGGGAGCACUGAUGGUCCCAAUUUAUUAUACACACAACCAUGUAUUAUACAGAGAGCACUGACUGUCCAGGGAUAUUAUAUACAGACAGUAAUUGAUAGCUGUGCUGCAAAAUGUCCUUGGAUUUUUUUUUUCAAAUGUUGGCAACUAGGGCACUGCAUCAAGGUGUUUUUUAAUAAUCCCUGAUGGAAUAUGAUGAAUCUUCCACCAGGGAUUAUUAAAAAAAACAAAAACACAUUGUACUCCCCUAGUUUUGUCCCUGGCCCACCAUGUGCCCCCCCUAAAAAUGAAUCAUAGAGACACCACUGCACACACACACAUCAAUAAACAAAUACACAGACACUGACAGACAUACAGAUACACACACUGAGAGACAUAAACACUCACACACUGACAGACUUACGGAUACACACUGAUAGACAUAUAGAUAUACACACACACUGACAGACAUUCAUACAGAUUUGCACAGAUACACACAUACAGAUACACAUACUGAAAACAUACAGAUACACAGAUACAUACACUAACACACAUACUGAUAUACAGACACACACUGCCAUACAUAUACACAAACAGACAAACACACUGACAUACAUAGAGAUAAACAGGUACACAUACUGACAUACAGAUACACGCACUGACAGACAUACAGAUAUACAUGCAGGUCAAAAUAUACACUUUUAUAGCAUCCCUUCCUUUUGGGUCCUGGAGGGUGGCUUCCCUUGUGUCCAGUCUGCAGGCUGAGGAUAUUGGGAGUUAGGGUCUGGUUCUUGCAAUCUACAACCCCUCCUCUCCUGCCUUCCCCUCUGCUCUGUCCUCCUGUCUCUCUCCAGGUCUAUGCCCCCUCCUUUCUGCCUUCUCCUCAGUCUCCAGCAGGGCACCAGUUUCUGACAGGCUCUCACUUCCUCCCAUGCUGCUAAAAAGCAAGGGCCUCGGUAGCUAUGUUAAAGGUCCACAGCAUUCAACUGGACCCCUGCUGACACAUGCCCACCGGGAGGCCCUAAGAGUAUGGGCCAGCAGAUGGACCCCUUUAGUAUGCAGGCCCUGCUGCACAGGUGGAUGUUCGACCACUGGUGAGCAGGUUGAGUGCCCACAUAGCUUAAAUAAUGCUAGAGUUUCUCAGAACACUAUGAUUUUUAACAAGGCAAGAAAAAAAAUAGGAGUAAAAUGCAGAUGCGUAUGAUUUUCAGAAGGAUAGUUGGGUCUUGUUGGAUCCAUGUAUUUGUUUUGGAAAAUGAAGUCAAAUCUGUUCAUAUUUCAUUACAACACAAUGGAUUCCUACCAGAUUCAUAUGUAUAUCCAAAACAAAUUGCUAGAUGCUACAAAAAUUUUCUAUGUAACACAAACAUACCUGCCAUAUCCAAGAUUUUUUUAGAAAAAUAAAGCCAAAUCUUUCCAAAUAUCAUUUAAGCACAAUGGAAUUCUACUGGGUCAAUCUGUAUUUCCCGAAAAAUUGCCAGAUCUACCAGACACUCCUGGAAACAUAACAACAUCCCUGGAAAGAAACGUACCUUUCUCAACCCAGUUUUGUGAAUGGGGAGUCACCGAUUGGCUGAGAGUGCAGCUGACUGUUCUCAGCUAAUCAGAGGCACUACGUGCUUUCGGAAUCUGAAAAUUCAGAAGCCAAAUGCAACCCAGGGUCACACACACACACACACACACACACUACAUCUGUCACAAACACAAUGCACCCCUAUACACACACACACUUCACCCCACACACAUUGCACCCCUCACACGCACAUUACUGCCCCUUUCCCAUACUACAGCCCCUAUCCAGGCAGAUCCUAGUUAAGUUGUUAAACUGUUUUUAAACAGUUUGACUACUUACCCUGGUAGGGCACCACCGCACUCCUGGCACUAUACCCACUACAGAGUGCUGUAUUGGUUAUUGCACCUGGAUUGUUUCUUUAAAUAAUCUACCAGUGCCCCUCCCAAGCUUAGGUUCUGGAUCCGUCCCUGACCGGGAAACAUUUCUGCUGAACAGGGGCCCAGUAUAUGCAGGAGUGCUGUACAUAUAUACUACCUAGAAAUGUGUUUUGACUUGGGGCGCCUUGGAAAAAUAUUGAAAUAUAAAGGGUGCCUUGAACCUAAAAAGUUUGGGAACCACUGCUAUAACAUAUAUCAAGUAAAAUACAAUAAAACAAGAAUAAAAAUAAGGUAUAAAAUAGUUCUUUUGCAGUCUAUUCUGUCAUCAUUGGGAGUAUAUGUGGAUAGAAGAUAGAUAAAGAGGAAUACUAAUAAUGUAGUGUUUAGUAUACUUGGUUAUUGACAGAUAUUAAAGUGCUUAUAUGCCGGCUCAUAUUUUUUUGAGUUUAUGUACUAUAUCCCCACUAUUGGAUUUAGGUGAAGGCAGAAUCAGUUUUGUAUGCUCCAGUAGACCAUGAAAUGACAAAAUAAAAUCCAAUAGCACAAUAUUAUAAUUACAGGGUACAUAAAGUGCCAAAGAAUAUUAAAUGUAGACUCACAAGUGUAGAACUUUGAAUUAAAGCUCGAAUUUUCAGGUAUAAGGUGGUAUAAUCCCUGCCCAGGGAUUUAGUUGAUACUCUUGUCCUCCAGUGGUGUUCACAUAUAUAAGAACAAUUAGACAGCAUAUAGUGCUCUCUGCAUAAUAUUAUGUAUGGAGAGAAAUAAAAAUAUACUCACAAUUUUUAGAGCAUUGUAUUUGCUCAAUGUUUGCAGCAUAGGUGGAACAAUCCCCACCAAGUAUUUCAAGGAAGUAUUUGAGGAAGAUGUGCUUCACAUAGUCCCAGGAAUAAUAAAAGAGUAAAAUAAAUAAAAAUAACAAUAAAGGAUAGAAGAUUCAAACAUAGAGGAACCUUAGUGUUUUAUUGAUAAUAACAAUAUAAAAGACAUUUAAAAAAAACUUGUUUAUUAGUGUGAACAACUAACAGUCAAUUUGCUUAUAUAAAAAAGAAACCAACAUCAAUAAGGCUAUUUCAUGUACCACCUUGUAAAAGUUCAUCUUUAGCUGUUUUAGAAUUGCCUGAGCCAAUGGAAACAUGACAUGAGCUGCCAAAGGAAAAAGUUUCUUGAGCACUAUGCCAAAUCCCUAUGCACAUACCUUUCUCAAACAAGUUUUGUGAACAGGCAGUCACUGAUUGGCUGAGAGCAAUAACUGACCGCUCCCAGCCAAUUAGCGGCGCCUCUGCCUGGCAGGACCCAGAUGCCGUUUGAGAACAGUUUUACACCUCUUAGGUAAGAGUGCCUCCAGGGGCCUCCUGGCACCAUUACAACUUAAUUUAGAUUAAUUAGUUUUGGUGCCUGGAUGGUCCAUUUAAAUAGAAAAGAGGAACAUUAGAUAGAGCAAAUUGUCAAUAAAGUAGUACUGCUAGAAAAGAAGAACUGAAAAUGCAGAUUUAGAGAAAAAGAUUCUAUAAAUAAAACGCAUGGUGUUUAUUAAAAUAUAAUGUAAUGAAAAUCAUUGUUCAUUUACUAAAAAAGUAAUGCAGAUGUAUUGACAAUCCUGAUUGAAAUAAUCACCCCUAAAUAUACAAAGUUGCCAAUAGUAUAUCAAUUAAGCAGCAUGAUAAAACAUGCUGUGAUAAAAUUAGUUAUUUUGGUAAAUCAGUUUCCAGAUCUGUGAUAUUUACAUUUGCAGCUCACAUGCAGGCUUUUAGCCAUAGCUGAGCUCAGCAAUCAGAUUUAUUUUUUCAUCAUUAGAACACUCUUUGCGAUAAAGAUAGUACGAUAAAGAUAGCCUUUUAGAGGGAGAGUGGUGAUGACAUAGGCGGGUGCGUGUCUACGUGAGAGGAGGGGAAAUGUAGUGGAAGGGCGCCCGGCGGUGUUUUUUUUUUGGCGGUCCGAGGGGGUGAUUUAGCCGACACAUCCGACAUCGUAGGCGAGACUACCGGGUUCUCUCUUCUCUCUUCAGCCCGGCAAAAACUGAGUGGCAUCCGGAGCCCUCGAGCAGAGACGCAGGAGAGAUCUGGCGAGGAGAGAAAACAGUGGCUACAAAGAUAAGUCUGCUACAUGUCUGCUACAUGCUUUAUCGAUAUUAUUAAAGACCAAGAAAUAAUGGCAUUGAGAGAGUGAAAGAGAGAAGGGCAGUGAGGAGGAUAGAAAACCAGAAAUUAGAAGAAUAUUGUUUUAUAAAACAUCAGGAGAGGAGGAAUUGGAGGAAAUGGAGGGGUGAUUUUCCCCAGAGAGAAAAAAAAAAAAAGUGCAACAGGUUUAUAAAUACUGAGAAUUUUGACUUAAAGUUUUGCUGCCUGAAAAGAGAAAGAGUAAAGAAAAGAGAAAGAAGGAAGGAAAAGGGAAAGAAAGAAGGAAAAGGAGAAUAACAAAAGAAAAGAAAUUUUUUUUUUUUUUUUUGAGAAACAAAAUGGCAGCUAGAAAGCCACAGGAGGAAAGAAAAAAAAGAGAAAAAAAAGAUAACAUCACUGACAAAAGGUUGUCAGGUUAUUUCUCCCCUCCUCCAAACAAAUCUCAAUUGAAUCUUGAAAAUCAGGAUAAUUCCCCUCCCCCCAAAUCUAACUCUAAUCCCUCUCAUGGUGCACAGGCUGGUAAACCUCUAACUGAAGAGACUCUAAUUAAUUACCUGGAUAAACUACAAGAAAACAUUAAAGAAGACAUUCAAAAAGGAUCAUUAGACUUAAAACAUGAGAUAAGAAAUAUGAAAGUACAAUUGGAAUCUAUAGAGUCUAAGAUGAUCCAAACAGAUCUUAAAAAUGCACAUAUAGAGUUAUUAAUGAUAGACCUGCAAUCCAAGGUAGAACUUUUAGAGGAUAAAAUAAACGACUUGGAAGAUCGUUCCAGGAGAACUAACAUAAGAAUCCGUAAUAUUCCGGAACAUAUUAAUGAAUCAACAUUGAAAAAAUUUUUAAUGGAAUACUUUGAAACAGUAUUAUCUCAAGCUGGUUUACAAGACUCAGAAUUAGAAAGAUAUCACAGGUUACCCAGACCCAGAAAUGUGGCUGAAUCAUUACCGAGAGAUGUAAUUGUUAAAUUUCAAUCUUUCUUUACUAAAAAUCAAAUAAUGAGUUCUCUGAGAAGUAAGCCAGUUACAGAAGAGAGAUUUAAGAACUUGAAGGUUUUCCCGGAUCUAUCUUUCCAAACAAGAGCAUGGCGGAAAAGUUUUAUUCAGGAACUAGCCAUAUUAAGAUCUAAAGAAGUGAAAUACAUAUGGGGAUUCCCUAAAUGCCUUAGGAUUUUUUGGAGAGGAAAAAAUGAAAAAUUCACCACUCCGGAUGCCUUGAGAAAAUGGAUGGAAGAGCAAUCAAUAGUGGACGUCAUAUAAUGCGGGACAAUAACUAAAAACCGAAGAGGAUUUGCAGUUGUCUGGAUGAAAAAGGAUAAUUAAAAUUUUAUUUUUUUUUGUUAGGGAGAGGCUGGGUCUUUAAGAAUUAAUAGAUACUAUGAAAGCAUGGAGAAAGAUAAAGCUAAAGAAUAAGUGUUAAUGAUAAGUGAAUGGUGGGUUUAUUAUUAGUACACGUUUGAGAAGGAUGGUAAGAGUUAGUACUUUAAAGGACAAAAUAAUCACAUAGAGUGCGUAAAUUUAUAAAAUUGGUAGCUUAACACUGUAAAAAGAUGUAAUAUUUACACACAGAAUUAGAAAUUUAUAAAGGUUAUGGAAAUACUGGUAAUUUGAACAAGACACGGAAAGAAUUAAUAUAAAAGAUAGAUCGAUUCAUAUACACAGUAUAAACUGUUAAUGAUUAUAUAUAUAUUCAUGGUUGGAUUUGGGAUAUAUGGUUGGAUUUAAUACAGUUAAGAGAUAGAGACUGUAUAUAUUCUUUGAAAAUACAUAACUGGUUUGGUGGUAACAACAAUUUGAAUAAGACGUAUGGAAUGCACUUUAUAAAUAAGUGCACGGAUUUCACAAAAUAAGGAAUGUUUAUAAAUUCUUAAAGACCAGAUAUCUAGAUUGUUAAGGGUCGCAGGUUGUAAUAUAAGUGUUUUUUUUUUUUUCUUCCUCCCUCUUUUCUUAAGGUAUUCAUAUGAGAUAGUAGAGAGUUUUUUUAAAAUAAGGAGUAUGAUUUUUGGGUUCUCCCUUCUAUAUUGCCCCACCAAGUGUCAUCUUUCUGUGUUGACACAAAUACCGUGAUAUGGGAAUUUAUAAUACCAUCUCACGAGGACACAGAUGGCUCCUGAGUGGUGAGUUGAGAGACAACCACUCGGGAGCCAGGCGGUGUUGGGCCAGACUGGGUGUUUUUCCCAUAAGGCUUUUGUGGGUCUAUGUCCAAUGGACCAUUUGUGUUUUGUGUGAAUGCAUUGCAGCUCUCUUGGGGUCAGUGGUAACAAUGGUUUUUUUUGAGUUAAAAUGGUAAAGAUGAUUUCGGUUAAUGUUCAGGGCCUUAAUUCUCCAAUUAAGAAAUCUCUAAUAUAUGAUUAUAUGUUGAGAAAUAAAGUGAUAUAGAUAAUCAAAGCUGGGGUGGUUUAAAAUUUCCCACAGUGAUAUAUGCUUCAUUAAGUGAAAAAAAAAAAAAAGAGGAGUAGCAAUAGUUUUUUCCCACACACUAAAAGUGGAUAUAAUACAUCAAAUUAAAGAUAAGGAAGGCAGAUAUGUAAUAGUCUGCUGUAAAUUAAAUGAGAUACCAUAUACAUUGACUAAUAUAUAUCUUCCCAAUGAUUUUCCUGCUCCAACCUUAAAAAGGGUUUUAAGUUUAAUAGAAUCUAUUAAAAUAGGCACAUGUUUGGUGGCUGGGGAUUUUAACAGUGUACUGGAUCCGAUAUUAGAUAAGAAGACAAUCUCAACAUUGUUACAUCAAAAAAGAACAGAUAAACUUGCAAGAUCUACUAAUAGAAUUAUGAUUAAUUUUGAUUUUUUUGAUCUUUGGAGAACGACCAAUCCUGACUCAUUGGAAUAUACGUUUUUUUCACGUGUACAUCUUUCGUAUUCCCGAAUAGAUAUGGUGUGGGGCAAUAUGACAGCAUUGACGAAUAUUAAAUAUUUUAAGAUACUGGAUAAUACUUGGUCAGACCACAGUAUUAAUAUGUGGGAGAUGAAGAAUCAAUGGAUCAGGAUUGGUCGUGAUACCUGGCGUAUGGAGGAUAAUUUGUUAAAAUCUAAGAUCAAUCUUGAUAUACUAGAAAAACAAAUAGUAACCUUUUUUCUUGAAAACGACCCUAAUGACACCUCAUAUAUAAACAAUUGGUGUGCCUUUAAAUCCACAAUGAGAGGCAAUAUAAUAAGUAUACAAACAAGAUAUAAAGUAGAAAAUAAUAGAAUUUUUCUAGGACUACAAGCAGAAUUAAAAAAGAUCGCAAGUAAGAAUAAGCAGUCUCCUUCUAAAGAAAAUGCAGAUGAACUGAAAAGUAUUCAGAACAGAAUUAAUAAUUUUUUGAUAGCAAAGAAUGCAAAACUAAUGAAUAAACUUAAAGCAAAUUAUUAUUAUAGGGGGAACCGAGCAGAUAGAAACAUGACAAAAAAAUUAAGAGAUAAAAUUGGAUCCAGCAAAAUAAUAAAGAUAGUGGAUGAAGAGGGGGCAUAUUUAGACCCAAAAAAAAUAGGUGAGAGAUUUAAUAAGUACUAUGAGGCUUUGUACAAUCUAACUCCCCCGAUAAUAAAUGAAGAGGAUUAUUUGAGUAAAACCAACACACCUAAACUAACAUUAGAACAAAGUAAUAACUUAAAUACUUUAAUUACAGUCCAAGAAGUAGAGGCAGCAAUAAACAAAUUAAAAUCAGAUAAGACGCCAGGUCCAGAUGGUUUUGCAAAUAUAUUUUACAAAUCCUUUAAAAAUAUUAUAGUUCCCCAUUUAACAAAUAUGUUUAACGAAAUUGUAUCAGUUGGCAAAUUUCCUACCGAAAUGCUGAGUGCAAAUAUUCUUCCAAUUUUAAAAGAUAAUAAAGACCCUGUAAAGGUGGAGAAUUAUAGACCCAUCUCUUUAAUUAACACAGAUGUUAAAAUCUUUUCAUCAGUUUUGGCUAACAGACUAAGGGGAUUAAUGGAGUAUAUAAUCAAAAAUGAUCAAAUUGGUUUUGUACAAGGUAGAGAUCCGGUAGAUAAUUCCAGAAGAUUAUUGGAUUUGAUAGAUGCAUCUAGAAGAAGUAAUAAAUCUUUAUUUGUAUUGGCUGUAGAUGCCGAGAAAGCUUUCGACAGGGUCGGUUGGGACUUUUUAAGGAAAACUAUGGAAAAAUUUGGAAUCCAGGGCAGGAUGCUUAAUGCUAUUUUAGCUCUAUACGAAGGCCCAAAAGCAAGAACAGUGGCUCCAAAUAUAUGUUCAGAGUGGUUUACAUUAAAAAAUGGCACGAGACAGGGUUGUCCUCUGUCGCCUAUCUUAUAUAUUAUGACAAUGGAGAUUUUAGCUAUCAAUAUAAGAGAUAACCCUCGAAUUAAAGGAUUUAGAUACAGAGAGAAAGAAUUUAAAUUGAAUCUAUAUGCGGACGACUUGAUUUUGACCCUAACGGACCCUGUCGAAUCGCUUAGUGCCUUAAUGGAAGAGAUAGAUAAAUACAGUUUGAUUUCAAAUUAUAAAAUAAAUGCAACGAAAUCUACUUUUUUAGCUAUAAAUAUUUCUAGAGACUCUAUCCAACAGAUUAAAGAUAAAUAUAAAUUUAACUGUGAUAAAAACAGGUUAUCUUAUCUAGGUAUAGUGAUUUCUGAUGAUUUAAAAGAUACGUUGCAAACAAAUUUCUUGAAAAUAUUUAGAUCGACACAUGAGUCAUUAAAAAGAUGGAGACAAAUUGAAUUAUCUUGGUGGGGUAGAAUCAAUUUGGUUAACUCGUACUUACUCCCUAAAUGGUCUUAUUUAUUUCGCAUGAUCCCUCUGAGAAUGCCACAACCAUGGUUAUCUAUGAUACAACGAGAUAUAAAUAAUUUUAUAUGGAAAGGAAAAAGGCCGAGGAUGAAUAAGCAUCUUUUGAUGCAGAAGAGCAGGAAAGGAGGGAUAAAUUUCCCAAACGUCAACAUAAUUUAUUUAGCUAAUAUGAUGUUUCAUAUAUAUAAGACGCAAUUAUUAAGUUCAGAGGAAACUGGAUGGUAUCAAUUAGAAAUGGAGAUGGUAGAAAUGGAAAAUUUACAUCAAUUGAUAUGGCUAACUAAUCAAGACGAAAGAAUUAAAAAGGCCUGUACUUUUAAUAAUUGCUUGAAAUCCAUUCUAAUGGAGUGGGAAAAGCUGAGGAUUAAUAGCGGAAUCCACAAUAAAAUAUUGGGAAACUUUAACCUCAGUAUUAUACAACUAAGGAUGAAAGAUUUAAAUAUUAGUGAAUGGACAAGGAGAGGCAUUGUUUAUAUAAAUCAAAUAAUAGCGGGAGAUAAAAUUAAAUCUUUUGAAAAUUUGAUACAAGAAUUUUCACUAUCUAGGAAAGAGUGGUAUAAUUAUCUAAAAAUCAGAAGCUUUAUUAAACAGUUUUUGUUACAUCGACCUACAGCGGGUAUAGAAAAUCUGAUAGUUCUACUAAGAAAUGAGAAGGUAUCGCAAAUAGUUUCAAAGGCAAGGACUGCUCUUCUUCAAUUUGAAGCACCAAAUUUAAACGUAAAUAUUCAAAAAUGGAGUAAAGAGUUAAAUGUACAGAUUCUUAAGUCUGAAUGGGACCAAGUAUUAUACCAAACAAGUAAAAUAAUCCAUUGUUUGAACCUUCUUGAGGUAUUAUUUAAAUUAAUGAACCGUUGGUAUUUAGUUCCCACCAGAUUGUCCAAAAUGUACACUUCUAAUUCCCCACUGUGUUGGAGAUGCAAUGACAAAGAGGGGACUUUUGGACAUAUAUGGUGGGACUGCAGUAAGGUGAAAACUCUGUGGUUUAUGGCUUUUGAAUCAUUGGAGUAUAUUACAGAAACAAAAAUCCCUAGAGGUCACCAUAAUGGUCUAUUUCACUUAAAUUUGCAAUCACUCCUCUUUAAGAACAAAUUUAUAUAUGUCCAUUUUGUAGCAGCAACAAAAAUAAUAAUCGCAAGGAAUUGGAAGAGUAGCGCAAAUUUUACGCAAGCCCAGUUGUAUUCACAAGUCCAAUACCAAUUAACCAUGGAAGCCUUGGGACAUCAGUCAAUAAAAAUCAGAGAUGUUAGCAAUUUCUGGAAAGAAAAAAUGGAGAGUCUGACUAGAUAAAACCCUGGACAAAAUUAAUAGAAUAGUGUGUGUUCUUUUUUUUUUUCAUCUUUUCCUUUUCAUUUCUUUUAAGGUAGUGAAAUAGUGGUGCCACUGUAAUACCCCAAGUAGAGUCUGCAAUGCAAGUUUGUUUUUGUAUGUUUGUUAAGUACAUCAUACUAAUGAAUCCAGUAAAGCUAAUUAUUUAAUAAAAGUAAUAAUAGAUAGUGAAGAAGGAUGACUAUUAUGGGAGACAAAACUUUAAUCUUAGAAGGACGGUUGGAUGAAAAUUUUUGUCAUGCCCAUUGUUCUUGUUAUUUUGGUAUUUGGAUUUGUUUAAAGAAAUAAUAUAAUUGAGUAAAGAAAUGGGGAACAAGCAAUAAUAUUGUAAAUACAUGAUAAUGAGCAAUAUUUAAUCUCUACGUAUAUAUGUAAAACCACAUGUCCUAUCUAAUCAGCGCUAAAUGUUUACAUUUUCUUAUGUUUUUUAUAUUAGUAUGGAUGAUGUUAAUGUCUUGUACGUUUUGUAUAAGAACAAUUGAAAUAAAUAAAUUAUAAUAAAAAAAAAAAAAAAAGAACACUCUUUGCACAAUGCUGGGAACAUAACAAGCCUGUGAAUUCUAGCUCAAAACACGGUCACUUCAUCGCUUUAUAACUAUAACUUGUAAAAACAUGUAAAAAGAAAAUGUAGCUUCUAUACACAGGGAUGUCACUCUUUCAGUUCUGCGGUAGUAAGCAGCUCGAUGUGUUGCUAUCCCCUUUGUCACUGCAAGGGAUAGUAAAAGGUAACAGGCUCACUCACUCUGAGUAAGGGGAUAGUCUCUCUCUAACACAAAUAAACUGAAGAUGUUAACCCCUAUUGUUGCCCCUAAUAAUGGUUACCUCCAUAAGAAUAUACCCUCUGAAUAUAACGAGGGUCAGAAGAUAGCUUGUGUCCGGGGGCCCUUAAGCGGUUAACACCUAAAUAUUCCAAGCUCCAAAGGAUGACCAUUCAUCGGAUUCUGAAAGGGUUAAAAACCCUCAACUCUGGAUCGCCAAUUCUCUAGCCAACCCAAAAUAACUGACCCUUCUCUCACAUGUAUAGUUAACAGUGAGGUGAGCCCUUAUAUUUGAAAAGAUAGUACAACUAAAUUAAUAAAGCAACUACAUGUCAAUGAGGUGGUACUGGUGACCAGAGUUCUAAGGUGCCUUACUUUUGGUUUGAGUAAUUUAACACUCAAGCACUAAUAGGAUGAGAAUAUCAACUAUUUCCAGACUAUCAUGGGGUACCUAUAGCAAUUAAUGCUUCAGAAAAGUACACAGACCCUCUCAGCCGAUUACUGCCAGUCAAGCAAAUACUUCUGCAUUAGUGAGAAGACAAGAGGAGAGGAAACACUAGCAUCUGGGGAAUUCCACUUGACAAAAACGUAAGAAGGAGCCAGAGUACUCAGGGCCCCAUAAGUACUUCAUUGGCUUGAAAUGGUUAAGUGUUAGGAGUGGUCUUUUUACUUGUGGGGAAAAAACUUACCUGUUGAAAACUUAGUUCUUGUCCUUCAAUUUUUUUUUUAAACUAAAUGAAAGUAAAAAAAUCUGCCAUAAAGUCAUAGAAAGUCAUAAGAACCUGUUAAAAAAAUAAUAUAGAAACAUGCUGCCAGUGCCACCCCCAAACAAAUACAGUCUUCAUCUACUAUAUCAGGGGUACGCAGGGGCGUACCUAGAGCAUUUGGCACCCGGGGCGGAUCCUGUGCUUGGCACCCCCUUGCCCCCCCAAAAUAAAAAAAACCUGUACAGAUUUUUAAAUGUUUUCUUUUUUUAUUACAAUCUGUAAACUUUGCAAAACCACUGUCACCCUCUCCUACAAAACCCUUGUCCUGCCCCGCCCCCUCUUACAAAACCCCUGUCCUGCCCCCUUCUACAAAUCCUGUACUACCCCCGUCUACAAAACCCCUGAAACCCCCUUCCACAAAUCCCCUGCUUAUCCCCCCUUAUAAAGACUUCUGUCCCAAUACAAAACCCCUGCCCCCUUCUAUAAAAUCCCUGCAGCCCCACACACACAUUUACAGGCAGACAGUCACACACUCAGUUACAGACAGACAGUCACACACUCAGUUACAGGCAUACAGUCACACGCACAUAGUCACACAUGCAGUCACAGACAGUCAUGCACGCAGUUACAGGCAGACAGUCACAUAUACAUUGACACACACACACACGACAGCAGCAGACAGUCACAUAUACAUUGACACACACGACAGCAGCAGACAGUGACAUGCACAUAGUCACAGACAGUCACACAUGGUUACAGGCAACAUCAAACAGUCACAGGCAGACAGUCACACAUACAUAGUAACAUGCAGUCACACACAGUGUUAUAGGCAGACAGUUACACACACACAGUCAGUUACAGGUAGUCACACACAGUCAUAGCCAGACAGUCAUGCACACAGUUACAGACAGUCACAAAUACAGUCACUCACAGGCAGAGAGUUACACACACACAUACAGACAGACACACACACACACACACAGUUACAGGCACACAGGCACAUGCAGACAGUCAUGCACACAGUCAUAUAUAUUGACACACACACACGACAGCAGCAGUCACAUGCACACAGUCACAGACAGAUAUUCACAAACGCUUACAGGCAACAUCAAACAGUCACAGGCAGACAGUUACACACAAAGUCAGUUACAGUUAGUCACACACAGUCAGAGCCAGACAGUUACACACACAGUUACAGGCAGACCGUCUCACACACACAUAAACACAAACACAAUUACAGGCAUACAGUUACACACACAAACAAAGUUCCAGGCAGACAGUUACAGACAGACAGUCUCACACACACACAGACAGUUACACACACACACACAAAGUUACAGGCAGACAGUCACACACACACAGACAGUUACACACACCCACACACACAAAGUUACAGGCAGACAGUUACACACAGACAGUCUCACACACACACACACACACACACACAGUUACAGCCAGACAGUUUUAUACACACACAGUCACACAGACACACACACACAGUUACAGGCAGACAGUUACACACACAGUUACAGCCAGACAGUUUUAUACACACACAGUCACACAGACACACAGUCACACACACACACAUACACACACUCUUACUUACAGACAGUGGGCUGGAGGAGGACUGGAUUCCCUGAAGUCCUUCUCUGAAUCCUGUGGAGAAGCAGACAUUCCAUCUUGCUGCACCUCCUAACAGCAGCGGGUAAGGGCCAUAGUAAGCCCCGACCCCACUGACGGUUUGGUGUGUCCCCCCCCGAUUUCGCUUAGCUCUGCCCCCACUUUAUCUCUGUGCGGCAAGUUCAGCUGCUCUUUGCUUGUGUGAGCUGUUCUGGCCGCACGGCACCCUAACUACCAUGGGGGGGGGGGUACUGUGCAGCCAUACAGCCCACACAGCCCCCUGCAGCACCCAGAACAGGGUCAUGGCACCCCCCAUCCUGGUGGCACCCGGGGCAGACCACCCCCUCCGCCCCUCCCCUUAGUACGCCACUGGGGGUAGGCUACGUUCGUUGCCCCGGAUGUUGUUUUUAUUAUGAUUAUUGGCAUUUAUAAAGUGCCAACAUAUUCCACAGUGUUGUACAGUUGAAGAGAAAAAAAGUACAAUAUGCACAAACCCAUAGAAAAGGUACAGAGGGUCCUACCCGUGAGCUGAGACCUAGCAAUUGAAGCUCUUUUAUCAAAAGUGCUUAGAUAGAAAGCCUUGAACUUUUAAUCUACAUCUCCAAUAAUGCUGUUAUACAGAUACAGUCAUAUUUUUUACGUUACUUUAGCUUGUCUUAAAUAUAGAACUGUUUAAAUAAACUAUUUAAAUAGUAGGGGAUGGAGAGGUAACUUUUAACAAAAACUUAUCAAACAUUUUGAUUUUCAUAAUCUCAUAUUAUAGCUGUAUAUAUCUGUAUAUAUCUGUAUAUAUGUUUGUGCAAGUGAAUAAAAUUUAUUUCCCCUUAUCUUAUUUAUUUAUAUAAAAUGGCUCAUUUGGCCUCAGAAUACCUCUGGUAAUAAUAUAUAGAACACUCUGAGAUUGAAAAUGCAUAUAUUUACUUACAGGGCUCAAAAUUUCCACUCACUGCUAGCCUUUGGCUGGUGAAAAUUUCGCUCUGGCAAGAAAUUUAUCCCUGGUAAGUGUGACAUGGGUCUGCACGCAUGUAGUGAGUAGUGGCAUAAGACUCAAAAUUUGAAGCCCUGUCUGUUUAUAACAUUAGUGAGUUCCUGUUGAUGUUUAUAUUUUUUGACCCCGCUUGGAAAAUAUAAAAGAUAAGUUAAACUAAAGUAAAUCCAUUGCCAUUAAGGUCUUAGCACUGCAGACAAUCCACUUCUGAGUUCGUCCUAACAGAUGAUCUCAAGUCAAUCCAAUGCUUCUCAAAGAGAAACACUGGGGCUCUAGGGUAUAUCUGACACAAUUGCAGUGCUCUGCCAAUUAAUUGCAUUUAAUUCACAACAUUUUGGGGACAUUGGACAUGAGGAAGUGAAGACAGUCACUAGAGGCAUUCUUAGUGAAAAUGCUAGUACUUACAAAUAACAGUAUGAAGGGCCAGGUUUUUUUUUUCCAUCAAAGCAACUACUUGUUAAAGAGAUACUAUCAGCUCAUUGAAGUGGUCUUGGUGCAGUGUCCUUUUAACACUUAGUGCAAUGUUUACAUUGCAGCACUAAGUCUGCCUCCAGUGACUGUCUUUCAGACAGCCACUAGAGGCGCUUCCUGGAUCCUAACAGACCUUUGGUCCUGUAACUGAUGCUGGACGUCCUUACGCUUUGCAUAAUGAUAUCCAGAGUCAGCUAUUUCCCCAUAGGAAAACAUGAAUUCAAUGCUUUUAUAUGGGGAGACCUAAUGUUUGCGGCACUCGCUGGGCAUGCGCAUUAAUCAAGGCACGUCGGAGAAGUCGGAGCCCCGACUCAGCACAAAGGGAAUGCGGCGCUGGGAACAGAUAAGUAAAUAAAGGGGUCUUAUCCCUUUACUUACCGCGGCAGGAGCGUGAGGGAGUGAGGAGGCAGAGGGAGCUCUAGUGCCAGGAAUACAGCUUCCCUUUUAAUGCUGCUUAGAGCAUCUCUUUAAUUAUAUAAAUUAGUGAUAAUUAGUGAUAAUGAAGUCAUAAUGAACCCAAAUAUAUAUAUAUAUAUAUGUAAAAUGCUUGAUGCUAGCAUAAUUUCCACGUUAUUUUUUUAGCUACCUUACAGGUAUUUAAAUGUUUUCUUACUUGUAUUCACUAUGUGUGUUACAGUCCACUAUGUUUGAUGUGUAUUUGUGUACUCAUAUAUUCUUCUAUUUACAGGGUAAAAGAAGCAAAGGGAAAUGCAGUCCAGAGUGUUCAUAUUAUUUUUUGGGAUAUGUAUAUAUCAGCAUAUGGAUCUAUAUGAAACACAUUAUAACUGUGAGUCUUGAAGAAUAUUGGUUCUCCCACCCAUGUAGCUGGCAGUACCCUUGUACUUAUUUUUUUUCAGAUGCAUGUACACUUUCUAAUCUCUGUAACACUCCAUUUCCUCUGUAUCUCUUAAGUACCUCUUAUUUUUUGUUCUUCAGAGCACCCUCACACCACGUUCUCAGUCUAACCCUCCUCAACUUAGGAGGAACGUGAUUUCACUUGACCUCCAGCGAGUGUCAGUUGAUGUCCAUUCUCAACUUUCAUCCCUCCCUUCCUUCUCCUGUCCCUCUCUGGCUAUCUCCUAAUAUAACACUACUCCCACCUCUGUCCUGGAUGCUGCUGUCCCACUCUAAACAUACACCUUAAGGAGGAUGCACCUCCAAAUGUGGCACACUAGGUUGACCUGUUCAGCUGAAUGCUGCUGGAGGAAGUCUUGCACCUUGUAAUACUUUCUCCAUUAUAAAUUCAUCUUGCGUUUGUACAGUGCAACCCUUUCUAAACAAUCAGAAUUGUCUUCUCUCAUUAGUUCAUGCUCCCACAAUCCCAGACGUCUCUUUGUUACCUUUAACUCUAUUCUUUGCCCUUCUGUCUCAAUUCCAAAUCUCACCUCGACCUUCUUCAAUCUGACUUCCGCCCCCUCUACACUACAGAAACUGCUCUGAUUAAAAUAACUAAUUAUCUAAUCUCAGCUAAAUCCAAACCACACUAUUCUAUACUAAUUCUUCUUGACCUCUCUGCUGCCUUUGACACUGUUGACCAUAUCCUCCUUUUUCAAACCAUCCAAUCCCUUGGCCUCUUUGACACUUUCUUCUGUUAGUUCUUAUCCUGUCUAUCCCAACAUAUCCCAAUGUUCAUUCAGUGUCUUUCACUUUCUGAAAGUCAAUCUCUCUAAAACUGAACUUCUUAUAACACUGAUCCUCCUCUUCUACUCUCCCUGCAAGUUAAUGGUACCCACAUCAGCCUGUACUUGGAAGCUCUGCGUAUUAUCUUUGAUUCUGGCCUUAACGUCACACCUCAUGUCCAGUCUGUUGCCACAUUAAAACGUUACCUGUGUCUGUCCCUUUCUCACGCAAGAUGCUACUAAGGAGCUUGUUCAUACUCUAGUAAUUUCUCUAAUUGGCCUCCCCAGAAACUGCUACAUUCUGUAAUGAAUGCUAUAACCAGGCUAAUUAUACUCUCAUGGUGCUACUCGUAGACCUUGCCCCUCUGUCAAUCCUUACUUUGGCUUUCUGUACCCUAUAGGAGUCAAUUCAAAAUACUAACCCUUACCUAUAAAGCUCCAAACAACUCUAGCCCCUGUUGCAUUUCUUCACUAAUUCACAAGUAUGCCCCUUCUCUGUCGCUCCGCUCUGCCGGUGACUUUCUCUUGUUCGCUGCUUGCACCAUUACUGCUCACUCGCGCUUUCAAGAUUUCUCGAAGGAGCCUCCUUUCCUUUGGAACAGCCUUAAUACUCCCAGAGUAACAUCUAUUUCUCAAAACUGUAUCUUGCCCUCUCUUUAAGGGCCACACUCCACGAUCACUUUCCAGUUCUGCUACUUUCACACCUUGUUCCUUAGUUGCUAAGCUUGAUGCCCUUCUUGUUGUAUUUUUAUAUCUCAUUUCCUCUAGAUAGUAACCUUGUAUGAGCAGGUUCCACAUCAACCUAUUGUUCCUGUAACAUUUUGUAACUGACUCAUUUCUUGUAAAAUUUCCCAAUUAUUAUAUUGCAAAGUGCUGCAGAAAAAGUUGGAGCUAUUUAAAUGCCAAUAAUAAUAACAAUACGUUUGCUUUUCUGGUUUUGAGAUUCACUAAACUAGGAAUUGUAGAAAAUAAAUAAUGGAAUUUCAAGUUUUUAACCAAGUAGUCAAGCUUGAAAAAUAACUGAGCUGUAGUUGUUUAUUUAAUAUGGAUUUUGUGAUCAAAGACAUGCAAUUCAGUUUUUUCAGAUUUAUUACUUUAGCAAUUUCCCUCUGACACCAUUUCCUGGAAAAAAAAAUGGACCACAUCCUCAUGUAGUUCAGUUGACAUGAUAGGUGAAUAAUGUUAAAAAUAAAAAAGUUAAUUAUUGUUUUAACACUUCCAUUUCUUUCAGUUCAUACUCAGAUUCUACAACCUACAAAUGUGAAUGUGCAAAUUAUCGGAAAAGACAUAAACCUGUUUUGGGAUUGUACAGGUCAAAAUAUAAAUGUAACUUCUAAGAACAAGUUUGUAAUUUUCACACAAGAAUCGAAUAAUCAAUAUUCAUUUACGGUAAGAUAUUAGGCAAUAUUUUUCAGGACAAUAAUAGAAUUGUUUUGGGACCAAGAUGUACCAUGUUAUUAGGAGAGAUUGUUUAGUGGGCCCGGCACUAGAUGAAACGUGAGUUUUGCUGGUAAUUUGGGCAGAGAAAAUUUGUUGAUGAGCAUAUCAAAACCUUUAAAAACCCAACUAAAAUACUUUGUGGUCCAUGUAACAUCAAGGUACACCACAUAAUAGUUUACCAUUAUUGUAUCAAAGGCCACCUUCGCUGAAGUUGAAUCCUUCCCCUCUGCCAUUGGAGAUAUCAUCAACCCAGCAAUAUUUUUGAAUGAGGGCAAUUAGGACCAGAGACUUUAGGAAUUCCUGGUCAUAUUCAUUAUAGUCCAUUCUUUAAAUCCCCAACCUCCCAUUUGCAGAAAGUGAAAUUACUCUGGUCCUGCAUGUAACACUUCUUACCCCCACACUUAGGUUGAUACUUUCCCGUGUAAAACAGUGCAAAAGUACACUUUUUAGUUUGCUGCUUCAGCUUUCAUAUGUAUAGGAGGAUUAAACACGGAGUCACUCCACUGACAUUGGGUUCACUAGAAAUCCUGGGUACCUCACUUAUUUUAUUAGGACAUCCCAAUGUUUUUAGUAAUUUUUAUAAAAAAUAUAUUUUAAACAAUAAGGUAGAAACAAUCCUGUUAAAUGAAAAGAAAUGAGUUCUGGUGUUUUCUUAUGGGCUUCUUAAAAAUAAACUCUCAACUUUGUUUUAAUGAAAGUUCCAUUUUCACUUACCAUGUAAAUGCAUUUGUGCUGCAACAGCUCGUAUAAAAAAAUACUUACCUGCACAUCAUUUAGCUUCUAAUGAUGACCUGCGCAAACAUAUUUUCAGCAUAUCUUGCUUGCAGGAUCAAUGAACACAAUGAACAACCUUUCAAUAAUGUAAAGUGUAUUCAUGCACACCGUAGAUGUGACAUUUCCUCUUUACAAUGGAAAUAAAAAGUUUAAUUCAGAUUUUUAUUAGAUCACUAUACUAUGCAUGUUUGUGCUAUUAAGUAUGCAGUAACAUUUUAAUUUAAAAAAAUCAGAGCUCAUUUUACUUUAGUUAAUGUUGAAGUUUAUUAAUGCAUUAUCAUAUUACAAAGGUUAUGAGUGUAGAAGCCAAAAAAAAAAAAAAAAGUUGAUAACUGUGAGUUGACAACCAACAUUCAGUAUUCAUGCAAAAUAGGUCACUUCAAAAAAAAUGUUCAAUACACCAAAAUUAACAGGGUUAUUCAUUAAAGAGAGAAUUCAAUGAGAAUUCAAAAAAUGUAAAAUGUAAAGUUAAAACAGCUAAACUGAAAAAAAUUCAGCUAUCCUUCCAUUCUGGAUAUAAUGGCCUUAAAUCAGAAAUUCACUUAAAAGGACACUCCAGGCACCAGACCACUUCUGCCCAUUGGAGUGGUCAGGGUGCCAACUUCCAUCACCCUUAACCCUGCAAGUGUAAUUAUUGCAAUUUUUAUAAACUGCAAUAAUUAUCUUGCAGGGUUAAGUCCUCCUCUAGUGACUGUCUGUUAGACAGCCACUAGAGUGACUUCCAGGUUCUUAACACGAAAAGUGUUUUAAACGACACUGGAUGUCCUCACGCAAUGCGUUGUCGGAAUCCCAAUAGGAAAGCAUUUAAUGCUUUCCUAUGGGGAGGUAUAAUGCGCGUGCCCGGCCAUUGCCAAGCAUGCGCAUUAGGUCUCCCUCGCCACCAAGAGUGGGUAGAGUCUGACCCAGCGCUUGAUUCAGGUAAGGCCUUCAGCAACAUGGGAUGGGGGAUGGAAGGGAGGGGGUCACUGCAGGAUUCUGCAGUGCCAGGAAAACGGAUUUGUUUUCCUGGCACUAGAGAGUUCCUUUUAUAUAUAACCCUGUUGGUGUCUAGUGAAUUAAAAUUUUUUAUUAAACUGACAUAAGUUAUGUUUGGUAUUUCUUUUGGCAAAGAUCUUAUAGGAACAUUCCAAGCACUACAACUAUUUAAAGGAAGUGGUAUUGAGAGUUCCUUGAGUGCCCUGGUGCCAGGAGGGGUAAGCACAGGGGGCUGUCAGAUUUGACACGGUCUGCUCCCCCUACUAACUCCUCCCCCUUAGCUCUGAAGCCACACACAGCUUCUUUAAUACUGCAUGCCUCUAAUCAGGCGCUGGGAGUUCACUGAAGCCAGGAAUGAUGGGUAAAUUGACCACUGCUUCAGCCUGACUACUCCCCCACGGCUCGCCUCCAUAUUAACCUCCUGAGAGCCACAGAGGGAGGAAGGGAAGGAUUAACAAGCCCUAGUGUCCAAGCAUGCGCAAGCUGUGUUGGCUGCCUGUCGCCCCUGUUCCCAUUGUGCCACUCGCACACCUCAAAAGCCAGCCCUGAUUCCAGAUCCUAAUAUUGGUGCUGAAUUAAUCCUAAGUGUAGAAAUUAACAAAAGCAACCAGUCUGCACUCAUAAGGAUCUCAAAAUAAUCCACCAGGUAGAUCAUGGAAAGUGCAUUAUUUAUUGUAGAAAAAUGGUUAACAACAUGUCGUAAAAAUAUGUGUAGACCUCAUAAGUGUGAGGCAAUCCAAAAUCUUCAAGCACAUGUCAAUUAAUGCAGAGUAUAUCUCCCUCAUGGGAGUCCGAAAUGAAAAAUGCAAUGAUACCAAAAUACAAAAAAGGAAAGGCCUGCACCUGUCAGAAGGGAGGGGGCAGGGGAAAAAUAUAUGAAAAAAAACUUAGAGUCACUCUGUCCUGACUCUAUAUAUAUAUACAUCAGGACCGAGUUACUGUAUAUAUAUAUCUGUAAAAGUGACUUCACAAAUAAAUGAACUGUUUCUUUCUAGACAACAAAUGAUGUCAAAAGGGCAACCCUGAAGCUCAAUAAAAAUGUAGAAUUUAAAGUCAGAAAAAUGGGUGACACUGUUUCUAGAAAAAGUAAAACAGUGCUUCUCUUUGAAGAAAUUUCUGUCAUCCCUAAAGGUAAGAAAAUACCAUAUUGUUGUUAUAGGAUGCUGUAUUUAAUUUGCUGAUUAUUAAUGAUGCUUUAUAAAAGAUUAAACAUUGAAACAUGUUUGGCAUUUUCUUCAAUUUUUUUUCUAACAUUAAGGCAUCUAUCUACACACGGUCUUUGUAAUUUACUGUAUUAUAUAGUGUAAGAGAAACAUUACAUAGCACACAACAGUGAACUGGUUUGAAUAUAAAUGGUAUGGCUGCUAAGAGUUUAUUGAGCAGUUACAUACAUUCUAUGUUAUGUGUGAAACUGCUUCCGUAAAUUUCUGGUAUAAAGGUGUCUACAGGACAAGAUUAAAUUCAAUAGACUAAAACAGGGUUUGUACAAGUAUUUUGGCUACAAAGGCAAAGACACAAUUUUACACCCCCCUCCUAAAAUGAAUAUAUGAUUGUGUAGGCCUGUAUGUCACUUAACCCUUCCUUUGCCCCUUGUAACCAUAAUUUUGUUCUUUUUGUGUAUCUUACGCCCUAUGUGUGUCUCUUUUCUUCUUUUUGAGUAUUGCACAUGUCUUUUGUUGUUCAUAUUCCCACAUAUGUGUAUUUAUCCCUCUUUGUGACCUCUUACCCUCUCAUUUGUCUGUUAUCCCAUUUUUUGAUGUCCUUUAGUGUCCCUUAUUUCUUUUUGCCCUUCUUGUAUAUCUUACUCCUCUUUUUGUAACCAUUAUGCCUCUUUGCAUCCCAUUCAAACCUGUCACCUGGGCAUUGCACACUCUAGGCCUGUGCACACUACGGCAGCCGUCUGUGCCGUUUUAUGGGAGUGCUGAAGGUGGAACUUCCUGAAUGAGUAAAUACCUGUGGGUAGAAUAUCCAGGAACUCCUUGUACUCUUCACACACAAAAAUAGACUUAUCUUUCUCUGUAAGACAGAUAGAAUCUAUUUUAUUUACAUAUCAGACUUUACCCAUACCUCCCAAGUGACUCUGUUUAGGAGUGACAGUUCCUAUUUUGGACCCAAAUCCCUCUGUGCCACUUUUCUAUCCUAAUGUCUCUCUUUUCUAGGAGCUCCACAUUGUUGGUAUAGCAGUAAUACUCAGUAACGUUAAUUAAACUACAAUAAAUGUGUUUGGUAAUCAGUGUGCUUAACAAAAAUAAAAUAAAUAAAGCUGUGCCGUUGCCCUUAUCCAAAAAUCAUAGGUCUCACGUGUGUUAUUGGGCAACGAGAUGUUGGGGGUCAGCAGUCAUGUUUCUCUCUGUCCCUGUCCACAAACUGUUUGGCUUAGAGCAGUCAGCUGACACCCUAAGUCAAUCUGUAGCUCCCCAUUCAUAAAACAGUUUGAAAAAUGAAUAUACCUAAAGGUAAGGAAGCACCAGGGUCCUCCUGGCAAUAUAAAAACAUAAUUUUGAUGAAAAUGAUAUGGUACUCGGAAUGUUCCUUUAAUGUUCAUAUUUUGCAAAGUUGUUUACAAGAAUACCAGUGAUAUAUCACAGUGCUGCAGUAUUAAGGCAUAUGCCUUGCAAAGGUAAACCAGUAAAGUCUCUGAGCAUAUUGAAUUUGUUGGAUUUUCUCCAGAUUCAUGCCACUGCAAAGCCACUUGUUUUUGUUUUAUGAAGAUUUUGAAGUUAGUGAAGUGUCUUCAAAAGAUGUAAAAUAAAAAGUUAAACAAUAAUUACCAACAUAAAAAUAAAGUGUAUAUUUGUUUAAUUAAGGGAUUUCCAGGACAGCAACGGAAAAUGUGUCUAUAAUGGUUUUCAGUUCUUUGGCGACAUGUCAUUGGAUUUCUUAUGUUGGAGAAAACCUGUUCUACUCAUUACCAUUACAGUAAGUGCACAGAAGAAUAUGUACAAACAUUAUUUUAUUGACUAGACAUCGGGUUUAACCCCUUAAUGCUUCAGGGCAUUCUAUAAAGCUGGGCUUUAACGCUGCAGGGUGGAACACCAACCAGGCCCACCAUAGUUACCCUCCUCAACGAUCCAGUUCAUGGUGACCGCCUGACAGUCUCCAUGGUGACUGCCUGACAGUCCAGCCCUUCUUCAGCCCUAUACAUAAAAACAUAUAUAUAUAUAUAUAUAUAUAUAUUUAUAAACAUAUACCAAAAGAGUAUAUAUAUAUAUGUGCAUGUGUGUGUGUGUGUAUUUGUGUUUAGCAGUGUAUUAACUAUUCACUUACUUCAGGUGGAAGGUAUUUUCAUCCACACUUUUUUCCCCAACACAACUCUUUCGGUAUAUAUAUAUAUAUAUAUAUAUAUAUAUAUAUAUACAUAUAUAUAUAUAUAAAACACAAGAUCCAGCGCACUCACCUAUCCACUAAACAGCAACUUCAAUGUUGAAAGAUUUUAUUAGUUUUUUUAAAAACUCCUAAUCUAGGCAAAAAUAAUGGGGGUUUAGUUACAUUAUAUGAUCAUACAUUGCAUAAGCCUGCCACAACGUCAAUGUACCCCAUCUUUGGCAGGUCCUACACUAACAGCCUAAAGUCUGCUCUUAUGAGAUUAACCACUUACUUGAGGAAAAAAAUUCCAGCUGUGGCUCUCUGCAGUACAAGGCUAAAUAGGGCCCUGGGAUGAGGCACCUGUGACAGGGAGGGGUGCAAAACCAAGGAGUUGGCUAGACUCCCAAAUAUAUACAUAUGAGUCCCCAGCAGCACCCCCAUUUAUGCAUGUUCAGGUGAGUGCAGCCAACCCCCCCUUGUUUCAUAUAUAUAUAUAUAUAUAUAUAUACAUAUAUCUAGGUGGGCCAUCUUUUUUAUAGGCCUAACCUCAUGUCGGUUUUGGCACACACCUCAACCGACUUUGUUCUUAUCAAGGGGUUCAGGGGAUUCUGGGUAGGUGUAUGCAAAUGAGCUCAACAAUGUGGUUCUUUGUUGAGCUAAUUUGCAUAUGCUUACCCAGAAUCUCUUGCAGUAGCGAGAACACUGUUAAAGUGAGAUUUCUGUGGGAAAAGCAAGUCUUAUGGCUUGAAUGGUGUGUGUAUUUUUGUUUAGCAAUAUAUAUAUAUAUAUAUGUGUAUAUAUAUAUUUAUUUAUGUAUGUGAUAAUAGUGGAACGUAUGGUUAAAAUGAAUGUAGUUUGCUAAGAACAAAGUCGGUUGAGGUGUGUGCCAAAACCAACGUGAGGUUAGACCUGUAAAAAAAAGGCCCCUCCUAGAUAAAUUAAUUUGAAAUAAUAAAGGGUGAGGUGGGAGGGGAACUUCCGAAAUCAGUGAUGACAGGUAAGCAGUGGUUACUGGGUUUAAAUGGGACCAAUAAUCCCUCCCACAAUUUCAGGUUUCUGUUGUAUGCAGAGGAUUUCCAGCGUCCCAUAUUCUUAAUGAUAUGUAUAGCAUGAAUUGUUUGGUGGUAAUAGGUUUUUCUUGAAGAAAUAAUAGAAGGUAAUCAGGGUUUUUGUUAUCUAAUUCUUAAUUAAGUUUUCCAAUGCUAGUACUGGACACCAUUUGGAAAAGGUAGGAUAAUACUUAAUUUCUACUGGGGAGCCUGUCUGGCUAGUUUUGGCAUGAGGGAUUGCCAGAAUGGCCGUUCACUUUUGUCAAGCGUUUUUGCUUAAGGCAUGACUUAAGGUCAGAUGCUUUUUCCACAGAAAAUUCUUUGGGUCUCAAGAAACCGUAAAAUGCCAAAUAUGCCACUGACUUGAUUACCACAUUAGUGGGAUUGUCGAAAGGGUUAUUAUAUAAAAAUUCAUAGAUCUUCCUAAAGAUGUUACCGUCUAUGGAAAGUCUUUUAAGAGGAUUCUGAUACUUUGAUCUCUGAAUAUCUUUCAGGACACUUUUGACUGUAUACGUAGAUAAGAUUGGAGUUUUGUUUGGGUAUAUAGUUAACAUGUAAUGUUGUUGCCUGUCAAGUAAAGUUUAAUGGUGUUGUAUGCUAGUCUCAAAGAGAUCUGGCAAAAAGUUGUGAAUGCAACCAUAGUUUCUAAUGAAAAAACAUUUAUUACAUGAAAAUCACGCACAAAUUUUUAAACAGAUCGUAGGUUCUCGCGUAAGCUUUUUCGUAUUAAUUGACAAACCAGCUUGUGCGAGUGAUCUACUGUGCUGUAACAGUGUAUUUGAAGCAUAAUUAGGUCUUUGGACUGUGGAGGUUCUUUGGGCUGAACAUUCGCUGUAGGAUGUAUUCUGAAAUAUUCCUGUUAAUUAGAAUGUGACAGAGCAUCAGCUGCGUUGUUAAGAAUACCUGGUACGUGGAUACAAUAUACACAGAACUGUAGAUUAGCUGCUAACCAAGGAAGUUUCCUUACUAGAUUCAUUAUGGUAAGGUAUUUAGAGCGGCUUUUGUUAAUAAUGUUACAAGCCGCUAAGUUGUCUGAAAAGCACCUAACUGCUUUACCUUUCAAUUCCUUUUCCCAUAUGUGUCCUGCAGCUACUAUUGGGAAGAUUUCAAACUGUGCUGAGGUCUUGUUGAAAUUCUCAAGGUUGGAGGUUUCUGGUGGCCAAGUAUCAUAUACCCAGUCGUUGCUGAAUAUAGAAGCGUAACCUAUGGCUCCUGCUGCGUCAGUCCAUAUUACAGGGGAAUCGCCAGAGAUGGGGGGAACGAAUAAGGACCUGCCAUUCCAAGAUUAUAAAAAUAGAUGCCACAUUCUUAGGUCGGCCCUAGCUAGUUAGUCUAAAAUAGUUCUAGAGUCGUCGUCAGGGAGACCAUGUAGAAGAAAGAGAAUUGUAGAGAUGAAAGACCUUCCUUGAGGAAUAAUCCUCAUAGCGAAUUUAAGUGAACCUAAAAGUGACUGUAAUUCCUUUCUGGUAAAGGACCCAUGAGUGGUGCAGACUUCAAUAUAGGUUAAAAUGCUGUCUAUAUUUUCCUGAGGCAGGCUAGCUUGCAUGGAUACUGAAUUUAGCGUGAUACCCAGAAAAAUCAGUGCUGGGACCUCGUGUUUUGUCUGGGGCUAGCGGAACUCCCAAAUCCUUAAAUAGAGAAAGCGUUUGUUGUAGACUGUACGGUGUGUAGUAGAGUAGUUCAAUGUAGAUAAAAUUGUCAAGGUAGUGAAUCACUACUGGACAUCUGCUUUUGUUAAGUAAGAGUCAGGUCAAGGUCUCUGCAAAAAUAUUGAAUAUUUGUGGGCUACUUUUGGAGCCAAAAGUCAGUCUAGUCGUGAAAUAGUAUUUGUUUUCCCACUUACGCCAUGCAGAUGCCCGAGUGAUUGAUAAAUUGGUAGUAGUUUAAAAGCAUUUGUGAUGUCUGUUUUGCUUAAGCAAGCUGCCUUGCCGAAGUUAAUAAUAGCUUGUAUUGCCUCGUCAAUUUUUGCAUAUUGUAAAGAGAAAUCCUCUUUUGGUAUUAGUGCAUUUAAACUAGGGGUAGUGGAAGAGUGAGGUGAUGAGAAAUCGAUGAUGAGUCUCUUUUUAUUAUUAAACUUACCUGUAGCUAUGCCUAGAGAGUUCAUUCUCCAAGAAGUGAAUGGUAGGGUAGUGAAGGACCCUAUCAUAAAAACAUUCUCAACUUUUUUAUUGAGGAGUUCCUGCAGACUAGUCGGGUCUAUGAGUGCGAAUUGUAGGUUGGGGCAUUCUAGAAUACCUGUGGGAAGUGCAACAAAGCCAGUGUGAAACCCAUUGGAGAAACCAGAGGUGAGAAAGUCAACAAGAUUUGAACAAGGAUAAUCAGUCAGGUAACGUUGCAAAUUGGGUAUGUUUAUUGGAGUUAAUGAUUUUUUGGGGAACAAUUUAUUCAGACACAUUGUUUUUGCGUGUGCUCUGAAACAAAUUGAGCAAACGUGAAGAAAACUGCAAGCACUGUAACUACAUCCCCCUGCAUUAAAUUAUUACAUACUUGAGCUUUCCCAAGAAAAAUGAUAGGCCUGCCUAAUUUAUCUUUCCACUCUCUUUGACCCAUAUUUGGUUGAAACUCUGAGUUGGCAUUGCUAGUGGAGGGUAAAGCAAUGGAACAGAAGUUAAUAGGAUGUGAAGCUGAAGAACAUAUUGCACAAACUGGUGUUUGAAGUCCUGCAAAAUGUCUGCAAAACAAUUCUGUGUCUAAUUGGCCUCAGUCAGUAGGAGUAUUGAAUUGAGCCAGUGACGCAGCGGAUCUAGCCGAAAAGGACUUAUGGUAAUUAUAGAACGCGUAGCCUCCGUAUUUAUAAGCUAGGUCCACCAGCUUGCGUAAGUAUAAAUCUAGUUCCUCUCUAUGGUGGAGAACAAGAAGAGCAAAUAACGUUCCUAUAUAAUCUAAAGGCUAAGACAAACUCUGGAAUAUUUAACUUCCUGUUAAGUCUGGGAUCUCUAGACUUCAUUACCACAGAUAUAUCAUCAAACGUGUAUGACCUGUUUUCAAUUAUAUCUUGUGAUGAGGAGAGAAGCCAGAUUAAUAUCUUUGCCUUCCAAUAUCACGUUUAAGGUUUGUGGAAUGAGAUGUACUGGAUUAAUGAUGUUAGUACUUUUAGCGGGUAGAGGAUUAGAGUUACCUCCUGUGUUUGGUUCUGGCUGAGCUACAGGAAUUUUGACAUCCGGGAUGAUUGGUUGGUUAUCGGAUUCCAGAUUAUCCAGUCGGUUGUUAAUAGUGACUGUAGUUCUGUAGUGAAUGUAGUUCUGAAAAACUGUUUUGGAUAUUACAUUCAGAACUAGGGCCAGGCCUUUCAUUAUCAUUAUGCAUGUUUAACAAGCGAAAUAGUUCGGCUUUCCUGGCUGUAGCAGGAAAGGGAAUGUUCUUCCUUUUAAGUUCGGCCAUAAUUUUUGGAAUUGUCCAAGAUCUGUAGCUGGACGUUGGGCUGGCUACAAUGGUUUGCCUCAUCUGGGAAGUAGAUCUGGUCAGGGUGCUGGUAAGCGACAGGUCAUCUCGUUGUAGUGAAGCGUUAGACAUGCUAUGGGUGUGAGGUAGAUGACUUGGUUAAUAUGAAGUAACCCAGCUCCCUAGAUUUAAUGCCGAAGGCAACAUUAUAUUAUUUUAACUAAUUAGCUGACAGGUGAUGCCCUCACUACUUGCCAAGUGGCUUUGAGAGGCUCUACCUAUGAUUUGGCUCGUGGGGCUUUUGGUGCCACUGACGUAAGCGGCGGGGUGUUGGCCUCUCUGUGACAUUUACGAGAUUUAAGAUAGAUUGGCCGUGACAGGUUAGGCCCUGACUAUGACACAAUGCAAGGCACUAACUAGGAGUUGGGCCAUUGGGCUUGUACAUCCGAGCAUGAGGAUGGGAGUUGGCCAUGCGGCACCGCUCAACUUAAGGCAAGGCGGCCUAUGAAGAAAUUUUUCUUAAUUGGCACGGACUUCUUAAAGGUUACUUCAUAUAUAUAUAUCUAUAUCUCCUCCCCUCGCCCUGUCUCGGUUGGAGUUCCCCAAGGCUCUGUCCUUGGUCCCCUUCUAUUUUCUCUUUGUACUGCCUCUCUUUGGAAACGUAUUGCCUCUUUAGGUGCCACUACCACCUGUACGCUUAUGACACCCAAAUAUAUCUCUCCUCCCAAGACCUCUCGCCUGCCAUCCUGCAACGUGUCACUGCUUGCCUUUCUUCCAUCUCUGACUGGAUGUCCUCCCGCUUUCUGAAACUCAAUCUCUCUAAAACUGAACUCCUUGUCUUUCCUCCUCCUAAUACUGAUCCUCCUCUCUCGCCCUCCCUUCAAGUCAGUGGUAUCCACAUAAGUCCAUCCUUGCAAGCACGCUGUCUUGGCGUCAUACUUGACUCAGGCCUCACCUUUGAGCCUCACAUCCAGUUUGUUGCCAAAUCCUGAAGAUUCCAACUUAAAAACAUAGCCCGCAUCCGUCCCUUUCUUACAAAAGAUGCUACCAAGGAGCUUGUCCAUGCUCUAGUAAUUUCCUGCAUGGAUUAUUGUAACCCUCUCCUGAUUGGUCUUCCCAAAAGCCGUAUCGCCUGUCAUUCUAAUGAAUGCCGCCGCCAGACGGAUUUUCCUCUCUAGUCAAUCCUGUCACACCUCAACCCUCUGUCAGUCCUUACAUUGGCUUCCUGUAUCCUAUAGGAGUAAAUUCAAAGUGCUAACCCAUACAUAUAAAGCACUGAACAAUUCUAGCCCCUCUUAUAUCUCUUCACAGAUCCAUAGGUAUGCCCCUCCUCGGUCCCUCCGCUCUGCCCGUGACCUUCUCCUGACCGCUGCUCACACCCGUACGGCCAACUCGGGCUUGCAGGACUUCUUGCGGGUUGCUCCCUUGCUAUGGAAUAGCCUGCCCAUCAGACUCUCCCCUAGUCUUCAAUCCUUUAAGAAGUGCCUUAAAACCCAUCUCUUUAGGAAAGCUUAUGGCCUCCCUCUACCUUACGCACCUGUCUCUUGCUCUCUCCUAAAGGGCAGCACUUUACUCUCUCCUCCAGCUCUGCUUCACUCCCACCUUAUUUCAUUGCUAUUUCCUGUCCUAAUGUUUUUUAUACCCACCUCCUAUAGACUGUAAGCUCAUUUGAGCAGGGUCCUCUUCAACCUAUUGUUCUUGUACGCUUUCUUGUAAUUGUCCUAUUUAUAGUUAAAUCCCCCCUCUCAUAAUAUUGUAAAGUGCUACGGAAUCUGUUGGUGCUAUAUAAAUGGCAAUAAUAAAAAUAAGAAGAAGAAGGGGAAUGACUUAACCCCCGUUAAAAUAGGCAUAUACAGAAAAUAUUACCAGAUUUCGUUGGUUAGCUAAUCCCUCCAUUUUUACUUUUAAUUCCAUAAUUUUCCCCUGCUGUUCGUUGGUGGUUUUGUGGUGAUUGAUGGAGGUGCAACCUACUAUCUCUGUGGCUGGCAGAAGUGAUGUCAUGGCUUCCUCCUCUUGCCACAUUCUCUUCUUUAGAUGGUGCCCUUGUGUGGCCCCUCUCGUCCUCCAUACAGGGGAAGGAGUGGCCCCACAGGAAGUUGGAGAUGGGAGUGCGGCAGCCUGAGUUGGUGUGUCGAAUGUGGCAAGCCACGACGUCCCUUCAGCCAACCACGGAGGUAAUAGGUUUCAAUCCCAUCAAUCACCACUAAACCAUCAAAGAAUAUAAAGGCAAAAUAGACGGAAGUGUGGCCAACCAAUGGAAUUAAAGGUGCAAAGGGUGGGAUUUUCGUUAACCAACCAGGAAUCUUAAUUUGGGGAAGUGCCAUCCCCUCUAAGCACUAUACCUGCAUCCCUUAGAGCCGGGAGUUUAAGCUCUAAAUAUGGUGAGCUCAAUACCUACCCGAUACUUUUAAUUUAUUUUAUUGAGAAUAAUACACAUUAUUGGUUUCUCUCAAUUUGCCGAAAGAUACAUCUCUAUGAAGGAGUGGUGUGAUGCUGCCCUAAGACCAUAGCGGCCCUAUAUAUGGAACCAAUAUAUGUAGGCUCCACUACAUGUGAGUGGCUUGAUUUUAUAGAGUUUAAAAAUUGAGAAAUUAUUACCAUCGGCACUAUAUUUUGUAUUCUCUCUUGUGUUUUCCAUGUACUGUACUAUUUUCUGUAUAUGUCUAUUUUGACGGGGGUAAGUAAUUCCCCUUAUUCUUGCACUUUAGCACUCCACUAUAGGUACAAGUAUAUAUUGUACCAUUAUAAGGUGUGUGUAUAUAUAUAUAUAUAUACAUACAUAUCUAUAUUUAAAUUCUAAAUGUAUAUUUAUGUAAUAUUAAAAUAUUACAAUUUGAGGGGGCUGCCUAUAUUUGACCCCUUAACUUUCAAAAACACCAUAAAACCUGUACUUUACUGUUGUACUUGGGAGACUUCGCUAAACACAAAUAUGAGUGUUUCAAAGCAGUAAAACUUAUCACGAUGAUUAUAUAUGUGUGAAAAAACCAAAACAAAAAAAACCAAAUAUGAAUGCCAGAUCUGGCCAGGGUGACUACGUGGCUACUAAAAAAAGACUGGACAUAUCCUAUUUUGAAUACCCUGGGUUGUCUACUUUUGCAAAUGGUAUGCCCUGAUGGGGGUAAUUCUCAUUCCUGGGCUGCCAUACUGUCUAAAAGGCAACAUAACCAAUUCGGCAAAUUUCAAUGUGUAAAAACUGAAAGUCCUAUAUUUGUACCUUUCCAAAGACCCAAAAAACCUGUACAUGAUGGGUACUGUUGUACUCAUGAGACAUCGCUGAACACAAAUAUAUGUACUUCAUUAUAGUAAAAGUAACAUUAUUAUGACAUUCACAGUUAAAAUGCCAUGCAGAACUUGGAAAAUAACAAUAUUAAUAAAUAUGUCACUCUUUUUAGAUUGUAUUCAUAUACAAUUAUAUUUCAUAUAUAAAUAUUAGAUGUGAAAUGAAAGCCAUAUUUCUCCUGAACAAUAUGACAGGUGCACUUAACAUGAAAGAGUUAAAUUAUGGUUGAACAGACAUAUAGUUAAAUUCCAGGUUUUGUUUUGAUCAGAAUUUGUACAAUUGCUUCUGUCCUUAAGAGGCUAAAAAGAUUGUCUCUUUAUUGUUAUUUUUGUAGAAGAAGACAACACGCAGAAUCACAAUAUCGUUAUUGUGAAAAUAAUUUUCAAGGAAGAACUGAUGAGAAUUGUACAUUGUAUGAUUUACAAAGGGAUUUCUCAAACAAGACGACCAUCUUUGCAGAAGGAUAUGAUGAUCAAAUAAAACCAAUAUUUUUAAAUUGGUUUGAACCGUCACAAAAUGGUACAAUUAUAUUAUUUGGUGUUUAGAAUUUGAAAUCAUAGAUGGAAGGUGAUAUUUUGAAAUGCAUUUAAAUGAUCUAAUUUAUCUACAACUUUGUUAAUGUAGAGAGGUUUUCUUUCCAGGCUACAUUUUGCAAGUUUUUUUUUUUUCUACAAUUCAUUUUAUAGCAAGAAGACCUAUUAGGAAAAAAAAAAAAACGAAAAAAAAACCAAGCAGCUCAAAGAAAAAAAGACACAAGACACAGUCAUGGAUAGUGAGUAGAGAGACCAUGAUCACAAGGACUACAAUGCAGAAUGGAAAAAAAGGUAUAAGGAAUAGUAGGGAACACAAGCCAGUGAAGAGAGGGAGGGAAAUAUCAGCUAAGGUAUUGCUAUAUAAUCAAUGGAGAGAGAAGAAGUGAAAAGGUAUAAUCAAUGACAAUAAGGGGGGAGGGGGAGUUUAUGUGGGCUAGCGGCUGACUGGGGGAGAUUGAAGGCGGGCCAGCAGCUAGAUGUGCAGAAUAGAGUCUACUUGUAAUCUUCUUGAUCAGCACCCUUACGCCUGCAAUGAUACCAAGACCCAGGAUAUGACGUCACUCAGGGCCUGGCAUCACAUAACAGUGCACAAGUGAUUUCAGCACAGCCCAACAUUGGACCCCGGGGAAAGCUGAUCCAUGCCAGCUCUCCUAAAGGUAUGGAGGCCGGGUGGCAUUAAAACAAAUCUUUCAGUGAGUGUUUGUGUGUCUGUCAGUGAGUGUGUGUCUGUGUGUAUGUGUGUAUACUUGUUGGAGAUCCAGCAUUCUUCAUUUACAGCAUAGGUGCCGGCUUCCAAGGUUACUCUCCAAACACCUUCACAAAGUAAAAAGAAUAACGGAGCCGCAGCACUACAACACAACCAAAUUAAGAUUUAUUCCACCAUUAAGGGGACCAAGCAAAUUUUCGUCAUAUGCUGUGUCUUUGUCAAGCUGAGCAUCCAACUAACAUUACAAUGUUUAAAUACCCUCUUAUUACAUUAAUUGAUGCACAAGGAACCACCCCACAUGGAAUAAGUAAUCAAAUGUCAAAAUAACUUUUUACAUGAAAAGCAUAAUACAAAUAAAAUUAGACACUAUAAAUAACAUAGGAUAUGUUAACCAAAGAAGAAAAAUGAUAUUAUUCAAAGGCAUGCCUAAAUUCUCACAUUUAAUUAAUUUAACAAAAUUGCAAUGCAACUUAAUUGCUACAUCUCAAAAAGCUUUGAUAAUGAAGAAAACUACAUCUCCCUUAAAUGUACAUUUACAGGUACAAUAAUAUAUAAAAACAUAUAUCUAUAUAUAAGAAACCUAGAUACAGUGGGAACAAUGAGAUCACAAGAAUAGGGAUAAAUUAAAGUCUCGAUUGAGACCUCUUGGUUCCAGACAAUCUAGUCGGUGGAUCCAAAAUGUCUCAUGCUUUUUAAGGGAUUUUUUGUCUAACAAUACACCGGGAUCGUAUGUUCACAAAGUCAAUCACGUGCUAUUUAAUUUGAGAAAUUGCAUAAUUGUGGGAUCAAAAAUGGACAGUGACAGGUUUGUCAGUUCUCUUCUAACGAAUAUCAGAUCUGUGUUUGGACAUGUGCUCUCUGAUUUUAUUAGAUCUUCCCCUGGAAAUGGGAAUUGUGUUUUUACUCACCUUUUUUCCCACACCAUGCCAGUCUUAGCAUGGCGGGUCCCGCCUCCAUGGCUGAGAUAAUCAAGCUUGAUGAUCUCAGCGUAUCCAAUGCUUUCCACUAGGAAAGCAUUGGAAGGCUAUUGCGCAUGUGUGGCAAAACGGUGCACCAAUCAGCAUCUUCUCAUAGAGCUGCAUUGAAUUAAUUCAUCUCUAUGUGGAAUAUUCAGCACCUCCAUGCAUGGAGACACAGAUUGUAGGUGCUUCACACUGUGUAGCCCUGUGAUAGGAAGAGCUUUAGUGGCCAUCUGAAUAACUGUCAGUGGAGGUGUUACUAGGCAGCAAUGUAAACAGUUAGUGUAAGUAUAGGGUAGGUGUAAAGUUAAGAGUUAGUGUAAGCAUAGGCUUGCAAUAGAGUUGACGUAGAGUUAGAAGUAAAAAAAGUUUUUGUUUUUUUCAUAUUUUCUCAUUUUUAACAUUGUAUCCAUACCUAGACCGCAAUUUAAUAAACUUUCAAAAUGAUGCAACACUGUUAGAAAAACUUCACAACCUGAUUUAUCUACAGAAGUCAUCAUUAAAGUCUACAGGAAUUUUAGUAGAUAAAUCAAAUGGAUAUUUUUCACAUAUUGAAUUUGGAAACCUUAUUAAAUUGGAAAUGUAAUGUUGUGUUAGGGAUACGUGCAGGAUAUUAAAAGAAAGUCAUGUCUGUCCUUAAAAAACAAUAUAUAAUAUGUAUGGGUGCACAUAAAGAGAAACAUUGGAACAAUCACAUAGCACGAAUUCAAGGUUUUGGUUCAGAAGAUGAAUAACUGCCUCCAUCCUUUAAGGGGUUUUAACUACAAGGAAGUUUGCAAGAGAAGGGUACAUUUAUUAUUUUCUACUAACACACAGGGUGAUUAAAGUGACAAUUUCCAGGAAUUCAAGUGAAUUUCAAAAUAUAUGACAGAUCUAUUUUUCAGUUUGGAUGUUUUGGUCUUUUGAAAUUUUUUUUUUUACUUUGACUUCCGUUCAAGUUCCCGGAAGAAACACAAGAAAUCAAUUAUUUGUUAUAGGUAAUAUAAUUUAUUCAAAGGACUAGGCAUCGGACUAUGCUUCAGAGCAAACAGAAAUACAAAUAUAUAUUUCAUUCAUUACAUUUUAUUUAAUUUUGUUUUAUAUUAUUAUUUUAGGUUAUAUUAUAAACAGUUUAAGAUAUGUAUAGUUAAAAUAAGAUAAACCAAACACAAAUUACUAGCAACUUUUAUUUAUUUUAGUCUUUGAAUAAAAAUCUGCAAAUUACAAGAUUUUAUUUUUCUAUCUCUACUUUUUUUUUUUUUACAGAAUUAUUAUAUCUAACAAAUCUAACUUGGAAAAUUAUUCAACGUAAAUUGCACGUGUCCUGGGAAUGUAAUAUACCAAAGGAAAUACAACAAAACAUUUCUUUCUCUGUAACAAUGGAUAAUUCUGUUCUUCCUACUAAGAGAUCGGUAAAGUAUUAUGGAGUUAAACUAUAUAUUUAAUUAGUUUUGGAAUAUAUUACAAAGUAAUAGUCCAUAGAAAUAUAUUCCAUUGUUACGCAUACAUUGACAAAGAAAAUGCAUUUGAGAAAGUUUACAAAAAAGCUCUAAAUACAGCUUUUAACUUAUUUUAUCUUGAUCUUCAAGUUUGCAUCUAACAUUUUUUUGGCUUUUCCCUUUUUUGUCAUAAAAGGUAUUUUUUUCUAACAUGUGCUAGCCACUGAAAAAUGAUAAUAUAGCUCAGUUAUUUCCUCCGAUUGUGGAUAAAUAUUAGAGCAAUGUGUUUUGACAACAAAGCACCUGGCACUGCUGACACCAUAACCACUACCAUGAGUGUUUAUAUAAAUAGAAAUUAAUUAAAAGGGAUUUUGAGUUCUACAUUCAAUUAUUAUUAUUAUUAUUGCCAUUUAUAUAGCACCAACAGAUUCCGUAGCGCUUUACAAUAUUAUGAGAGGGGGGGAUUUAACUAUAAAAAGGACAAUUACAACAAAACUUACAGGAACGAUAGGUUGAAGAGGACCCUGCUCAAACGAGCUUACAGUCUAUAGGAGUUGGGGUAUAAGACACGUUAGGACAGGAAAUAUCAAUCAAAUAAGGUGGGAGUGAAGCAGAGCUGGAGGAGAGAGUAAAGUGCUGCCCUUUAGGAGAGAGAAAGAGACAGGUGUGUAAGGUAGAGGUUACUCUGGGAGGCCAUAAGCUUUCCUAAAGAGAUGGGUUUUAAGGCACUUCUUAAAUGAUUGAAGACUAGGGGAGAGUCUGAUGGUGGUAGGCAGGCUAUUCCAUAUGAAAGGAGCCACCCGCGAGAGGUCCUGCAAGCGCGAGUUGGCCGUACGGGUGCGAGCAGCGGUCAGGAGGUGGUCACGGGCAGAGCAGAGGGAACCAGGAGGAGCAUACCUAUGGAGGGGCAGUUACCAUUCUGUCCAUGAUUAUGCCAUCACAAACAAAUUGAUGGGAUACAUUUAGGUGUCUCAUUGUAUCAUUCAGCAUUUAACAAUGUUAUAGCAGUGGUGGUUAUUUAAAAAAAUGUUCUGAAAUAGCCAAUCCUCCUUUGAUUUGAAAAAAAAAAUCAUUAUCUUUUAUGUCUUUUGCAGACCAAAAAUAAACAUGAAACCUUUCCCUUAUAUCCCGAUACAAAACUUAUGGUGACAACGUACAUUAAUGGCAGAGAAACACUAAUUAAAUCAAAUGAAGUUUCUGUAAUUUUUGAAGGUAAGACAGGAUCAUUACAUUCGAUCAUAAUAACAUUAACUUCACCUCCUAACUAGCAUCUAUUCUAUGUAUGUUAAACAAUUCCUUCUGUCAAAUAAAAAGAAGCCAUGUGGUUUUUAUUGUGUAUACACAAACACGCACGCAUGCACACACACACACGUAAAUAUUAUAGAUUAUUUAGCCACAUAUUACAUAUUGUUAAGGAGUCAUUCUGGUAAAAAGAGAUUAAAUGUAAAAAGAAAUAAUUAAUAAAAUGAAUAAAUAAUUAAGCAGGUGACUGUGAGAGAUUGAAUCCUUUUAGCUCCAUAACUCCUAGCACUAUAAGUCUAGGCCUUGCCCAAUGAGUUUUGGGGGUUAACCCCUUCAAUGCACCUGUGGAUGAGGUUAUGCCCAGUCUCAAUGUCUCACCAAGAGGUUAACCCCUUAAUGUAUUUAAAGGGACACUGUAGUCACCAGAAGAACUACAGCUUAGUGUUGUUAUUCUGGUAAAUAUUGUCAGUCCCUGCAGGAUUUUCAAUAUAAACACUGCCUUUUCAGGGAGUUCACUCUCCGCUAGAACCACCAUGGCUUCACAAGCAGUGUCCUCCCAACAAAGCAAAAGGUAGGAACGGAGGAGGGAAAAACGCAUAUUAUUUUAAUUAAAAAAAAUUAAUAUAAUACAUAUAUAUUUGCCUUAAUCCCCUACCCACACACAAUAUCUCCCAACACACACAUACACACUGCAACCCUCACACACAUUGCACCCCUCACACAUGCUGUACACCUCAUCCACACUCAGCACCCACACACACACUGCAACCCCUCACACACACUGCACCCCUCACACACUGCACCACUUGCACACACACUGCACACAGUUCCUUUGGUUUGUGCUGCCACCAGCACCGACUGUACAGCCGGCGGGAUCAGUUUUCAGUUUUCCAUAUCCCCAGAAAAGGACAUGGUUAGGCUGGUAUCUCCAUGUGGGACAAUCCGCGUGACAUCCCCGCCCCAGUGGUAUCUCACGGAAUGUCCAUGCAGUCAUCCAGUGAUCGAUGCCAAUAGUUGUUUUUCCAGCAGGACAGCAAAUGGUAGCUCACUGUAGAUUGCCACUGUGCAACCUUCAAAUUGGAUCUUUCCCAUUUCUCUGGAACUGGCCAGGAUUGCAGAACAAACACAACGUCCUUGGUGACUGCAAUCAUGUCGCUGAGUGCCCCUGCCGGUGCUGUUGUGGCUUUGCAAACUCUGAAUACAGUUGACAGCAGUUUGGGGUCAGCACCCCUCUUGAGACCAAGUGAAUGAAGGGCAGCAGUGCAUCUCCACCAAUCUUCUCUGGUAUUCUGCACAGGUGGCUAUUCUGAUGCCCGUAUUGGGACUCCAUCGCGGGCACUGCCCGGUUGAGCCUCUGAACUUGUUGAACCAGGCAAUCUAACUGACAUUUGGUGUCUUGCAGCCAAGUGUCGCACUCUCCCUGGACUCCACUACUUGUAUAUUCUGACAGAGGAUAUCCAGCAUCUGCUGAGACUUUCAGACCUCCCUCUAGUCUUUCAAUAGCUUUUUGAUAUCUCUUUUUUUGGAAGGAGAGGAGCCCUUGUCUGAUUCAGCCUCCCGAUAAACUUCACCCAGGUCCUGGAGAGGUGAGUACAUCCCCAUCCUCAUAGGAUUCCUCUGAGGUCUCCUAUUCCUCAUGAGGCUUGAGUGCCAUCUUAGCAGGUGCUGGUGGGGUAGGUCUCUUGAAAAAAAAAGCCUGAUGUUGGACAAUCUAGGGCUCACUGGGCACCGGAAAUUUCUGUGCUUGCACCCCAUAAUGUCAUCUGGUAGGGGGUGUCAAGUAGAUGUCUCUUUGGAGCUCGAAAGGUAGGUAAAAGUCCUAAUUUUGCGAAUGUGGUAAAGAGCUCAGUAGAUACCUUACUGAGAUCUCUCGGGUCUAGACAAACCCAUAAUUUGCCUGUAUCUGACUUCCUAGCAAUAACCAUGGAGUAAACCCAAUCAGUAUGCUCUGUAACUUUAACCUGCCUCUCCCUGCUUUUAAAUUCUUCUUUAAGGUGGCUGCGUAAUGCGAGAGGGAUGCAUCUCGGCGGGAGCCCUAUUGGGGUUACCUGUGGGUUUAAGUGUAUGGUACACUCAUCAGGGAAGAAACCGAUUCCUUUGAAGACGUCUGCGAAUUUCUGUGGACUCUGAUUGUUUUGGUUCACAGAGUCUAUGAAAAUGUCAUCACGCUCUUCUGGGUCAGUGUCAUGUUUGUUUACAGCAAGGACACUUUUCCCGCAGCUGGAACAGCACACUUUGGUGAAGUGGUUAAGUUUUCCACAUGAUUCGCAUAUUUUUCCCCUUGCAAGACAUUGAUAGCGGGCUUAUCUUGUACAGUAAUCACACUAUGUGUCAAAACCACAAGAUUGUAAACAUUGUUCAUGCUUCUGUUUGCGAGGGAUGUAAUGUUGCUUCUAGUCUGCAUUAUUGGCAGGAAACUUCCUAAAUAAUGUCGCCAUCUGAGGCUUGGCCCUUCCCUGGGCCAAUUCAUGUUAUCUAGCAGUAUCAACCGCUUUCUUUAGCGUUAACUCAGACCCGACAUUUAAUAAUUUUUCUCUCACCCUUGGAGAGUGUAUGUGUAAGACAAUGCAGUCUGAGCAUAAUUGCAGUCUUGAGCAAGGAGCUGCAAGUCUAUCACAAACUGUUUUAAUGGGUUCCUGCACCUGCAAAACAUUGCAAUGGAACUUUAGGCUUGACAUAUGCUAAAAAAAUGGUCAUAAUAUGACUUUAAUGACAUAGCAUCAUCUGCAGGUAAGGCAGAUGUAUUGAAAUGUCUUUGCCCUUUUCACCCACUCAUAGUAGAAGGUAAUUGCAUUUGUCAUGCUCACCCUUACAUUUCAGGGUGAACAUAAAAUGUAUGUGUUUUCUGAGCUUCCGCCAUGCAUCAGGCAAGCUACUUGCUUUCCACUUCAUUCUAGGGGUAGGGACUCAAGCUGCAUCCAUGUCAAUUGAAGAUAUCCAUUUCUUGUUGUCGUGUUAAUGAAGCAUAUGCACCAGUAAAGCUGUGAUACCAGCUGUAGGUAAACAGGUGUCGGUUUAUUAAAUACAGCAAAGAGGUAAAAUUACUGUUACUCAUAGAGAAGCUUCACAAUUCAAACUGACGCAACUGAAACUAAAUAUGGGAAACAGUUAUUCCGCAAUUUGAAUGUUGCUAUGUGAUUGGUUGGAACUUACAUAUGCUUUUUUUCCCUUAGGAAGAAAAUCUUAGUGUUUUUAAUCUAUUCUCACAAUCAAAAAAACUGGUGGGAUGUUGCCCCAGGUGCCCCUGUGGAUGAGCCUCCACUGUUAGAUGGCUGAUUUUAUUUAAUGUUCCUUGCUAAAGCUUUUUCAAUUAGUCUCUUACAAUGAAAUUGUGAAUCUCUGUAAGUUCUAUGUCUGGUUUGCACAGUCUAUUACACUGAUUCCCUGAGAUAAACGUGCAUUGGCAAGACUGUCUCUUAUAUACAGCAUACUCUCAUAUACACAUUGUCCCUUAGCGUGUCUGUGUAUAAGUCAUUGUUUGUAUAGGAGGAGAGAUAGUGUGUCUUUGUCUAUUAUGUAGAGGUAAAGCUAUUUAUCAGAUAGCAGAAGCAGCAGGUUUGAGAGUCGUUGAACAUAAUCCAAUCCACAUUAAAGGAUCACUCCACACCAACAGAGCACUUCCACACCAACAGAUCACUUCCACUUGCUGAAUUGCUAUAUGGCUGUGGAGUAUCCCUUUAAAGCUCCCCACCACCCAGCCUGACUCUAGUCUAACUUGCCACCCGCAUAUAAUGCUGACAUAGCCAGACGUAAUUCUUAACAGCACUGUGUGCAUCUCUUCCCACACAAAGUGGUCUAGUGGUAAUGUGCCCUUGCAUAUCAGACCAGCAACACUCACCUAGACGGUAGCUCAAAUCAGGAUGUAACACACUUAAUCCUAUGUUUGUUUUCCUUAUGUUCUUUUAUUUUAUUUCUCUAAGUGCAUCGCCCUCAUACUACUUGCUCAUAUAUAUAGAUUAGCAUACAUCCGUGCAAGCUGUAUCUUCAAGUUUUCCCAAACACCUUGUGUAAGAAAGUAUGGCAUUGCUAGUCUAGACCAGGACCUCCCCUCCAUGUUUCACUGACUUCCUCCCCCCCCCCAGUGUCACUGUCCCACCUCCUCUCCAUGUGUCACUGUCCCCUACCCACCCUCCCACCUCUUGUGCUUGCCAACCUUGUAUUGUACCAAUCCGCGGGUAGAGGAUAUUUCGUUUCCUCCACCUGGACUGACAGGAAGUUUUCUCAGUGAGGUGUGACUAGGAGCUGCAUAAACAGAAACAAAAGUGAUUUAACUCCUAAAUGGCAGAGAAUUGAGCAGUGAAACUUCAGAGGCAUGAUCUGUACAUAAAAACUGCUUUAUUACGCUUACGUUGUUUUGGUGGCUAUAGUGUCCCUUUUAAAAGAGUAUUAAGUUUUGACUUUGUUCUUCCAUUACCAAUAAAUGUUGUAGACUAAGAUUUACAAUGAAGCAAAAAAAUAAAUUACCUCUUUUGUUUUGAUUGCUCAGAUCUCCCUUGGUACCCAUGUCUCCUCCUGCCGUUAGUCCCCCACUCCCUAUGUCUCCAGCCUUCCCAAUAAUCUAUCAGUACAUCAUGAUUUGUUUAACUAUGGACAAAAUCACAAUAAUUAACAAAAUCACAAUAAUUAAAUGUAUGUAAAAUAGUAUUCUUAAUAUAUAAUAUGCCCCAAGUCCUUGCACUCUGCCCAACUGUUUUGUUUUUUUUGCCCAUGCACUUAAGGCCACCUGAUGGCAAUGUGUCUUCAGGGGCCCGGCGAGUGCUGCAGUCCUUUAACAGUGCAACUGGGCUCCUUUAAUUAUAUUAGGGCUGGGUGUAAGCGAGUGCCAGUCAUUUCCUCUCAGCUUACAGACAUGGAGCCACAUGGGAGAGUCAGACAGGAGGGUCAUGGUCCAGGAGAGCCUCUAACUCCCAACAGCCUCAGUCAACUGGACAAGAUACCAGGGAAGCCACCCUUCUACACCCAGUAGGUAGGAAACAGUACAUUUUUCAUGGGUGUGUAUCUUUGUGUGUGUCUCUGUAUGUGUGCUAGUGUGUGUGUGCAUCCGCAUGUGUGUCAGUGUGUCUGUAUGUGUGUCCAUCCUUGUAUCUGUAUCAUUGUGUGCAUCUGUGUGUCUGUGUAUCUGCAUGAGUGUCUGUGUGUCUGUUUAUCUGUAUGUUUGUUGGUGUGUGUAUGUGUGUCUUCACGUGUGUCAGUGUGCGUAUCUGUGCAUCUGUGUAUCUGUAUGAGUUUCAGUGUGUCUGCAUGUGCGUUAGUGUGUGCACCUGUGUGUCUGCAUGUGUCUAUGUAUCUGCAUGCCUGAACCUGUGUAUGUGUGUAUCUGUGUUUGUGUCACUGUGUGUGUCGGUGUGUCUGUAUGUGCAUGUGUAUCUGUAUGUGUAUGUGUAUGUGUAUCAGAGUGUGUAUGGCAGUGUAUAUGUAUAUGUGAAUAAUCUCAGCAUUCAAACGCCAACACAACACAAAAAUACACUUAGCAUUCAAAUGUCAACACUUCAUACAGAUACACCUACAUUCAAUGGCAAACACCACACACAAAUAAACUACUGCUUUCAUCUGAUAUCUGAAAAAUGGCAACAGUACAUAAAAACACAUAACACUACACACUCCUACAUUCAACCACACACUGACUCCAUACAAACACAUGCUUACAUUCAAACACACAAAUAAUGUUCAGUGCUAAAUACAACCAUGCAAGGAUGGGCAAACGGUAGAUCCCCAUCUAGCAAAGCAUGUAGGAGUUGUACAAGAGAUGGGGAUCUACCUUUUGCCAUGCUUGCAAUAGGGCAGCCCAAAUUUUUUUGCACUAGGGCUCUCUUCUUUAGUUCCACCAUUGGCUCUUGGCAAUGUUCCGCUGAGAAACCUUGGGUGCUGGCAUUAAUGUGGAUGUAACUUUGACAGGUACCACCUCCCUAGAGAUUGUUGCAGACUGUUCAGCAGGAACAGGCACCCUACCACACUGCAAAAAUUAUUCAGGAAUGCUUUGAAGAACAUGACAAAGAGUUUAAGGCGUUGCCUCGGUCUCCAAAUUCCCCAGCUCGAUGCCUCGAUGCUUCAGAGCUGUUUCGGCAGCACAAGAGGGAUCUACAUGAUAUUAGGCAGCUGGUUUUAAUGUUGCGACUGAUCAGUGUAGCUUCCUUGGAAAGCAAGCCAAAGGCAUGUAAACAAGUUAUACAUGUGGAGAUUGGUCUACUUUGAAGAGAAAUCUGGGUUCUUUGAUGUACUAAGGCAUAGAAGACCUGUGAAAUUCAUCACUAGAUGUCUAUAUGUAUUUGAAAAAAAUUAAAUUAACUGCUAUAUAUGGCAGCACAUAUAUUGCAGGUUAUGAACUAUCCAAGUUAAAUGACUUAACCCCUUAACGCCGUUACGGCGUUCUAUGCCGUUGCGGCUUUAAAGGGCUUUAAAGCCGUUGCGGCGGCAUAGAACGCCGUAACGGCUUAAGCCCAGUGGAGGUGAGAUCUACUUACCUCCGCCGUGAUCCUCUUCUGGAGGGCUGCCUGACAGCCCAGGCAGCCCUCCCCCGGCAAAUGAGGCCCCCGGGGGCCAUGUGAUCGCUCUAUAGCUGGCUGUGGAUCUGACAGCAGGGGGACUGUCUGAAAAAUCAGACAGUCCCCCUGCUGGUGGAAAGUGUAAAAAAAAAUUAAACAGGUUUAAAAUUAAAUUAAAAGUAUUUAUAUAUAUACAUAAUAUAUGUAUAUAUAUUAUACAUAUAAUAUAUAUACAUAUUAUAUAUAUGUAACGUCAUACAAAGUGUAUUUUAAUACUAAUAUUAGUAUAUAUAUUAAUAUUAAAAUACACUUAGAAUAACGUUACAUAUAUAUAAUAUGUAUAUAUAUAUUAUAUUAUAUAAAUAGCGGGGGCUUGCACUCCUGGUGUAAUCCUGUGGUGCCCGGUGCUGGUCUGGCAAGGAUCAUGUAGACAUAGCAGAAAUGACCGCACUCCAAGGACUUUAUAGAGGUUUUCAAAUAAAAUUUAGCUUUUAUUCAAUCCAUUUAAAAAGUCAACGUUUCAGCUCCCACAUGGAGCUUUCAUCAGGACAAAACAUAACUUACAAGUGCAGACACAAAGAAAUAUAUACCCCCAAUCCCUCAAAAUAAUUUACCUUAAUUGUGUACUCACCUAGCCAUGAGACAGCUUGCCCUGCAUUAGAGAGUAAUGCAACUCUGAGUGUGGUGGCCAUGUGUGCAAGGCCCAGAAAAUUAUAUUAUAUUAUAUAUAUAUUAUAUUAUAUAUAUAUACGUAUAAUUACAAUAAUAUAUAAAUAAAAUAAUAAAAUAAAUAAAUAAAAUAUUGAAACAAAAUUUAAUAUAAAUUCAUAUGUCAUUUCAUUCUAACUGUAUUUUGUUAUUAAUAUAUAUAUAUUGGUAACAAAAUAUACUUAGAAUGACAUUCUAUAUAUAUAUAUCUAUCUAUAUAUAAAAUACAAAUAACCGCAAAUAUAUAUAUAUAGAUAAAUACAUAUAAUUACAUAAAAGAUUACAUUAGUAUACACUUAGAAUUUAAAUACCUAUAAAUGCAUAUAUAUUAAAAUUCUACAUGUAUAUUUAAGUAAUCUUUUAACAUAAUUAUGUGAUUUGUUCAAUUAAAAUUUGAUUGACAUGCCUGACAACACAGGGAAAAAGUGCAGAGAAUUUAAUUCACAAGCACUAUAUUUGACCCUGAAACUCUCCAAGACACCAUAAAACCUGUACAUAGGGGGUACUGUUUUACUCGGGUGACUUUGCUGAACUCAAAUAUUAGUGUUUAAAACUGGUAAAUUGAAUUACAACGAUGAUAUUUUAAGUAAAAGUUACUUUUUUUUCAUUUUUUUACAAACGAACUGCACUUUUAUGGACUAUAUUAUUGUUUUAAAACAGUAAUAUUUGUGUUUAGUGAAGUCUCCCGAGAAUAACAGUAGCCCUCGUGUACAGGUUUUUUUAUGGUGUUUUGGAAAGUUAGAGAAAGUUAAUAACCCCAAUAUUAAAUAGCGGACAGUCACACGGUGAAUGGCAUGGUGAAAACUGGAAAUGUGUAAACUGAAAUUGACAUGUCUGUAAUUUGACCCUAUAACAUCUAAACAAAUCUGGCAAACAACCACAUUGAGAAUGUUUGGGAGCAGCAGCAGAAUACAAACAUUGAAUCUUUAGACACGCACAGUCUGUGAAAUUUCCCACAAAAAGGAAAUGUGUGUAACAAACAGAAAACAAUUAAUUAUAACCAUCAGAUUUGACUGGUGAUAAAAUUGUUUAAAGAAAAGUGUUCAAUUGUUCUUUGUUGAAUAAUCUGGAGGGGUUUAAUCCCUGCAAACAUAUACUUUUGUAGUAUUUUGGAUUGUGUGACUGCCAUUAAUGUUGUAAUCAAACCAUAUUUUUUAAGGGUUUGGAUUUAAAACUGUUAUUCUAUUAUUUAAAAAUUUGUCCUAUAACUUCGGAAAAAUUACUUGGAAUUCUAGUUGCAUGAGACAACUUUUAACUAUCAAGACUAGCUGAUCUAUUAUGAUUUAUUUAACAGGUUAUAUACAAAAUAUUUUAAAUAAAACAGUGAUUUAAAAAAAAAAUUUUUCUUUUUCUUUUUUUUUUAAUGUAAUGUAUUCAUGUGUAUUGUUGUACUAAGCAUAUAUAUAGGGUACCAGAAGAAAAUCCUAUUGGUAUUUAAAAAAAUAUGUACAUCAUGUUGGCGCACAUAAAGAGAAAGUGUUAAAUUACAAAUUUGGGAAUUACCACUUAUUUUGGUGAGAUUCCAUGGUUUGUUUACUUGUAAAUGAUAUGCCCUCCUGGGAUUAAUUUGAACUGGCUAACUGAUAAAGUGCCUCAAAAUUAAAUAUAAGACAAGCAACAAUAUGAUAAUAUAACAAACUACAUGUAUAUAUCUAAACACAUGUUUUACAGUAUCCCUCAGCAAAGAUGCAGUGCAAACCAACAAAAUAUAACAAAUACCCCAAAUACCCAAGGGAGUCUAUAUAUAUAUAUAUAUAUAAAAUGUAUUAAAUUUAUGACCCAUCAUAGCAAACUUUAAAUCCAAUGCCAGUAGCUUAGGAACAUGAACAUAUUUCUCAGAAAAUAUAUGGCAUGUUAUCAAAAUAGAUAAAAUUCCUAGUCGUAUGAGGCAUUCUCAGAAUUAGAUUAAAUAGAUGAGAAUAUUUUGGUUUAUUUUUGUUUAGCUGAAAUAGUUGUGUACAAGUUAUUGUAUUGAAACCUGUCUUGUGAACUUUUCACAAACCUUCGUGAGAGGUUUUAUGUAUUUAUAGAAUAUCAUAUGAAAUCCCUUUCCGUCAUUUAUGAAGCAACAGGUAACAUGUCUACGUGCAUAAAAUAAAAAAAUUCAGGUGAACAAAGUGUAUCUAGUUCUUAAAGGACCACUAUAGUGCCAGGAAAACAUACUCGUUUUCCUGGCACUAUAGUGCCCUGAGGGUGCCCCCACCCUCAGGGACCCCCUCCCGCCUGGCUCUGGAAGGGGGAAAGGGUUAAAAACUUACCUUUUUCCAGCGCUGGGCGGAGAGCUCUCCUCCUUCUCUCCUCCUCCGUUCCUCCUCCUGGGCUGAAUGCGCACGCGCGGCAAGAGCUGCGCGCGCAUUCAGCCCGUCGCAUAGGAAAGCAUUUACAAUGCUUUCCUAUGGACGCUUGCGUGCUCUCACUGUGAAAAUCACAGUGAGAAGCACGCAAGCGCCUCUAGUGGCUGCCAAUGAGACAGCCACUAGAGGAUUAGGGGGAAGGCUUAACCCAUUCAUAAUUAUAGCAGUUUCUCUGAAACUGCUAUAAUUAUGAAAAAAUGGGUUAACCCUAGAAGGACCUGGCACCCAGACCACUUCAUUAAGCUGAAGUGGUCUGGGUGCCUAGAGUGGUCCUUUAACGUAUAACAUAGAGCAAUAAUAAAUGGCUCUGGCCCUAAGGGGAGAGAAUAAAAUGUCUGCUGGGAAAGUUGGAUAGGGUCAUGAAUUAUAAAUAAUGUAAUUUGGGGUUUAGCUAAUACCUUUCAUCAAACAUUAACAUUUACCAGUCCAGUACCAUAUUUAGCUUGGGACUGUUCAAAUUCCAUUUUACAUACUUUCUUAGAAUUCAUCUUUUUCAUUUACCCAGAAUGUUUAAUAGACAAUUAUUUAAUCUAUGUGUCCCUUAUUACUGCAUGUUUAAACUGUCUGUAAAUUGUACAUGUAUGUACGUAGUGGGCAUUGGAUGGGAUGACCUUUUACCAAACCAUAGCUUCCCCCCAAAUAAAGACAGACACCGAAUCUUGGAAGUUAGAGGCCACAGCAUUUAUUAAAACACAAAUACUGCAUGACUCCUUCAAUGUAUAAUUUUGCAUAAUAUUCUCAUAAAUAAAUAAAUAACAUGUAAAUACCUGCAUGAUGUCAUACAGUACUUGUCCAACACGUCCUUGCCAAUCUCAUUCCUUCUUCCCAAAGGCUCUCACCUCCCCCUCGGCAUAAUAAACUCCUCUUGCCUUUUUGGCACCCCACCAGCAGGCUUUUAGCUCGGUGGGGCACGACCAUAAUGCUCCCCACCAGCUGGCUUUAGCUCGGUGGGGACAUGCCCAACUUGGUACCCCUUAAGGUUCACCAAAGAGACAGGGGAGGAUAACACCUGGCCAUUACCCCCCACCUUCAUCUAAUCUGCAAAACAACACCACCCCUUACUUGGCAAGGACACCCCCCCCCCUGCUGUGACAACACCCCGGACCCAAAAACAAAAGGGAGGGUGGGUGGGAAACCUGUUGCUGGCCUGGCUCCUAAGUGGCACUGAGGUCAGUCCCAAUUGUCACCACCCACUUCCUCUCAUACAACACUCCCCCAACAUAAACACAGCCCAUCCUGUUUCAUCCAUUCCCACACUCAUACAUGUGCCUUGUUCCUGGGGCCUGUACAGUUUCCCAAAUUACAUUUCACAGUACAGUACAGUUUUCCACUUUACAUUUUAAUUUACAAACACUGGGAUAACAAUAUUUUAUUCACUGCAUUUUUUACUAUAGGGAUGAAAGGAACAGCUGCAGAAAAUGUCUCUUGUGUGGUUUUGAGCACUUACAUAACUUGCUCUUGGAAUUAUGGGAAAAAUGCACCCAAUGAUACUGUCUACACACUUUUUAUGAGGUAUGUACUGUCCCUUUGUUACCUGUGUACAAAUAUGCUUGUGUAUUGUUUUUAUAACUGAUGCUAUUUAUGUUAAAGGGUCAAUUUAAGCACUCCACCCUCUAUAGCAUGCCUGAUGGUAUUCUGUCAAACCAUUUUGGUAAUCUGUCAAACCUUGCAAUUUUUAGCACCAACAACCUUUUUGGUCUGAGUUGCUAUUAUAAAUCAAAAGUUCAACCUUCCACAUUAUCAUUCCAACUCAUACCAAGUAUAGAUAUUAUUCUAGUCGUUGUGUUGUUUGGUGUAUCCAUGAAAUAUUAUUAUUGCUAAUAUUUUGUCUCAUUGUGGUUACAGACAACAUCAUAUGGAGUUAAUGUAUAACAUGUCUACAUUUGAAUAUGAUGCACAAAAGAGAAAGGUUAAUUGCAGAAUUUCUGAUUUAAAAGAUUAUUUUGCACAUGUCUGCAUUACAAUAGAAGGAUCAAGCAAAGAAAACAUACAAAUGUUCGUAAUGUGUUUUACACCUGCUGAAAAAGGUAUGUUUUAUAUAUAUAUAUAUAUAUAUAUAUAUAUAUAUAUAUAUAUAUAUAUAUAUAUAUGUGAAUAAGGUUGAACUAGAAAGACCAUGAGUGCUGCCAUAACUUCUAUGAACUGUAAAUAUAUGAGCUAUGAACUGUAUGUAUACUGAGGACUGAAACGUUGAUCGUCGGAUAUUUAAAUAUUACCUAGCCAAAACAAUAUUAAAAGCCUGAGUGCAAGGAUUUACUGCUAGAAGGACAGAUAGCUAGGAUAGAUAGAUAGAUAGAUAGAUAGAUAGAUAGAUAGAUAGAUUUUUCCAAUGUUAUUAUUCUUUUUUUAUUGAACUAACAGGCUCAGACCUGAGAAAGAUAAUAAAACUCUUGAAAGAUUGUCUAUAAAAUAUUAUGUUAGUCCAAUAAAAAAGGUAUCAUUGCACACUGCAAUACUCUGGUAUUUUGGCAUCAGAUAGAUAGAUAGAUAGAUAGAAACCAAUUAAAGCCAUAAACCCAUACAUGUAAAGUAAAAAAUGAAAAACACCAACAUUAUCACAAUCAACAGUGAGCCACAAAUUUUAACUUCUACCACCUGCAAUUGGUAAUAAUCACGGUGUGUAUUAAAUAGUGAGCAGCUGCCCCCACUACCCCCACUGUUGGGCUAUAAUUAAUACAUUUUAAAGCGGGGGGGGGGGGGCAUUGCUUCAAUGAGCGAGGGGCUGGAAUAUUUGGCAGCAGGUGGAGACUCUAAAUACAGUAAUAACCUGAGGGGAACCUAUGGUUAGCUACAGUUAAGCUUAGCUAGGGUAAAUAUAAAUUACAUCAGGGUUAGCUAUGGUUAAGUUUAGCUAGGGUUAGCUAAAGUUAGGGCUUCUUUGUUAGUGUUAGAAAUAACAUCACAGUGUUAAACUGGUCAGUAUGUUGGCACAGAUAGUCUAUUUUUACUAAAUUGCAUCUCUAGAAAGAAGACAAAGAGACAAGUCAACAUUAGAAAAUGUAUUUAAUUUGAUCCUAUAGGUUCUUCCAAAACCAGAAGUAGCUUACCCAGUGAGAUUAUUACCACAUUCCUUCCUAAUAGCAUUAGUCAACCAAGUGCUAGUGAUUAAGACUAGUAGAUUAUGCUGAAGCAAAGCAAAGUUUGCCAUUACUUUGACAGCCUCCAUGAAAAGCAAAUUGCAAAGUGCAAAUUGUGUGGAGAGAGUGAAUAGGGGGAGAGUGAAGGUUAAUCUCACUAGUCUGAACCAACAUAUGCAAAGACCACAAAUCUGUAUUAGCGAAGGCAGAAACAUAAAGAGAAAGCAAUAGCACCAUCAGUGUCUCCUCCACUACUACCACCCUUAGACAGUGAGAUAUGUUGUCUAUCCUAGUAUGCCUAGACGACAGUGAUAUACAGACUCCCAGUCCACAUUAUACAUAAGGAAUGCCUGCCAGCCUACUCUUGAACAUUUUGUUGGUUUUCAUACUAAGGUCAUGUUAAAACAGUAGGCUAAUAAAAUAAUACACUUGACAGUCCAACUGAUCAUUGUAGGGGGAGCUUCCUUUUUCAUGUUAGAAGGAAACCCCUUUAAGCAGUUGUUAAAGGCCCUUGCUCAUUUACUUUCACCAGGAAGAUAGCCCAAUCACUGUAAUGUUCUUGCAUGCUUAUAGUCAAGAAAAAGUUGAUUAAGGCUCAGUAGGUGCACUUCACCAAAGAUUUAUGCCUUCCUCUCCUUGAUGGCACCCUUGAGGUAGCCCCUGGUGCAUGACCAGUUUGGCGGAAGUAGUGGAGGUCCAACCUUAGCAGAAUGUCAGGCUGAGAGCAGAUCUGUAGAGCACAUACUUGUACGUGCACACUUCAACACACUUCAACAAACAAAUUACAGGCAACCAGAAGAAUGGUAGAAAGACUGUUCAGGAAAGCAAGCAUUGAGUUCGUGUUCACCAAUGGAGCUGCUAACAUUGUCAAACCUCUUAGAGAUGUAGGUGUUUGCUGUUCUGCACACAUCAUACAGUGUGUAGUGAAGAUUGCAAUUCAGGUAGCCAAUACAAAGGGGCAAACCAUACUUGAGCAUUGCAGAAGGAUUGCUGAACAUAACGUAAUGUGAGGGCUACCCAAGCAAGAUGAGUGCAAUAGAAAAGAGGAUGUCAGCAUACAGUGGAACUCCACUUUAGAGAUGCUGGAAAGAAUUUUGGAACAGCAGAAGGCAAUCCAUAGUCAACCUUUCCACUACUCAGAUGGCAUUGACUCCCCAAAGGGGAUUGAGGAUUGGACAAUAACAGUGUAGCUUGUGACAGUUUUUAUUCCAUUUAAAGACAUAACAGACAGUUUGAGCCACAGUCACACAAAAUUAAGCUCUGUGCUCAACCAUUACUCAAAUCACAUCUGACACAACAGUCCCAAUAUAAAAACCAAAGAAAAAUGUUACUUGCACUCCAUACCAAAUCCUAUGCAGAUUUAAAUAACUGGAGAGUUUUUUAGUAUCACUCCCAUAGCCAUUCAAGUGUAAGCUCACCUGCCAUGUCAAGACAAAACCUCUUAGGUGAGUCCUACGCUGCAAUUCACUUUGCUGCUUCUAGCUAAAAGGUAAAAUCUACAAUGAGACAGAGAGGGGUAUUUUUCUAAACCCAUAGACACAAAAAAAGCAAUGACAUUACUGCCGAAUGUGGAUUGGGAAACAGGACCCCUUCUUCUACCAUCCCUCAAAUUCUUCUUGGAUUAGCAUGUGACAAUGAUUAUGGUGGGUUUGUUAAAUAAAUUGUGGACAUGAAUGAUUGUGUAUUGUGUUAACAAACACAACUUUAUUCAGCAUUAAUAGGUACCUGUGUUGCUAAAUGGAUUGGUGCUUGGUAGAUGUUCUGUAACGUUAUUGUGUUUGACUUUAAGAAACACUUGUCACAGCACCUUUUGUUGUCCAGGCUGUUAAACAGCAUGGGGACAUUCAUAUGGUGGAAAGGGACACUUCCCACAGUCACUCUCCUUUCCUCAGCGGUUCAGACGCCGGCCGCUGUUGCCCAGUCCCCUUUUAUGAUGCAGCGCGCGCCAACAUCAUGACACUAAUGACGUCACGGCCCUCCAAAACAUUUGAAUUUAAAUGCUUUGAAGGCGUGGCUAUGGAAUUAAAGUCACAGACUAUAAAAAGGCUUCAUAGGGUAAGGAUCAUUGCCCUGUUGUGGUUCUAGUUUUGGUUACCAAUAGUGCUUGUAUUUUCUGUAUAUUUCUGGUUUAUUGAUAUCGACUAUUCUGACUUUUCUUAGUUUCUGGUUUUUGCUUCCCUGGUUUCCUUGACUCGGCUUGUCCCUGACCAUUCUCUAUCCAGCAAAUGUAAAGCCUGGUUACUCUAGGGACCGGUAUACAUUGUUAAAUCUAUUAUCAUUUACUCUCUGCGUGUUGGAUCACUAGAUAUCGUGACAACACUGCACACUGCUUGAAUACUUGCACAGCAUACACUAAACUGAUCACAUUCAGAAAAAAUUAAGAUAGGAUUUUAGUCAAGACAAAAAAAAGUUUCACAACAUAUUGGUAACCUAGUCAAAAUGUCAGUCUCCUAUCAUCCACUGAAACAUGUUUCAAGUGCCGACAGCAGUAACUAGCUAGCUAUAGAGUUAAGCUAAACGUAGUUUUACACUAGAAUCAAUGACUCAACUAGUCCAGAUAAACAUAUUUUUUCUUCUCUUUCACUGAACCUCACACUCAAAAAAAAGGGGGGGCGGGGGAUUUUCUUUUAACAACUAUAUACAGGUGGUUCCCGACUUUAAAAACUAAUUGGUUCCGAAGCCUAGCUCAUAAAGUGAGAGUUCAUAAAGUGUGAACUAAUUUCCCAUAGACCACAAUGUAAUAAACAUGGGUUUCGUUCCUGACCAAGAAGUUUUACCAUUGAAAACCUUUAUAAUUAAGUACAAAUACAAAAUGAAAGCAUUGCAAAUAUUUUUUGGCUUUCAUUUCUCAAUUUCUGUUUCCAACUCUGUGUCUAUCUGCACUAAUAAAGGUUCAGGUGUACCCUGAGAUGGCUGUUUCAGUUCACAGCACCUUCAGGUGAGUACACCAUAAUACAAAGCAGCCCUAACUAUACAAACUGUUCCUAAAACUGCAUCACAAAGUACACUUCUGUAGCCUAGGUCAUUAUAGCACCAGGUACAGCAAAAAUUAAGUACAAAAUAAUAAAAAAAAAACUAAUAUUGUAUUCCAUUCACUGCCAGUGAUGAAUAUAAACCCCAGGUCUUCUGAAAUGCAGAGGACAGCAAAGUCUCAUCAUCCUGAUUAAUGAAUAAUCCUGAAGAACCCAUAAUGCUCCUCAUUAUAGUAAAUAAUGACACCCCCUGCAUAGUCUGAGAUCAAUAUUCAACAGUCAGGGGGGGAAAGAUUGUUCAAACAAUCAUGUCGCUUGAAGGCAUGAGUAGAACAUGGAAAUAAUAACCAAACUUUGCUCUGAGUCACAAUUUUUUGCAUUAAUAGCCAUGGUGGUUUUUUUUGAUGAUAGAAAAAAUGUAAGUCCUUUAAAUUACUGUAUAAUUCCAGACCCGUUUGGGGCCUCUCUGCCAUCCACAAACACAGACAGACAUCAAUCUCAGCCACACACACAAACCCGUUAUUUACACUAACCUUUCUCUCUUCUUGUCUUCUCCUGGCCACAAAUUCAUCUUUUAUAUGCUCCCAAGCAUGCUCCUCCGUCAGCAUCUACGGAGCGCUGAAAGAAAAUAUUGGCAAAACAAAAUGGCGGCACGUCCGGAAAGCGUUCAUAAAGGCGGGAAAACGUAAAGCAGGAGUUCGUAAACCGGGAAAUGCCUGUAUUGGUAACCUAGUCUCACCGUAGGAUCAAUGACAAAAUGUUAAUCUCCAUCCACUCAAAAAAUGUUUCAAGUGACUUGGCAGUAGCCACUAGCUAGAUACAGCAACAAGCUAAACCUGGUCUCAUGUUAGAAUCAAUUUAUCUCCCACUCCCACACUGCCACAGCAAGAGUAAACAUACAAUAUCACUGCUGGUAUCCCUCCCUCAGGAGCUGCAGUUGAAGCGUCUGGAGAAGCCUGCUUAAAAAUAUAGAUUGUUACACUGUUUCUCCAUUUUUCCCUCUAUUGGUCGGUUGUCAUUUGAUCUUUGCAUAAGAUUCACAGUUUGUUUCCUAACCACCAAUCAUCUUUUUUUUUUAUCUGCUACCUCUUGAGUGAACAGGUGAUACAGCCCACAUAAUUUGGCAGACCUCUUAUCAGCCAUGGAAAACUAAGCUACUUAUUGGCCCCCACAAAAAAAUAAAUAAACACAUAGCAGCCUCUUUUAUAUUCUUUUAAGUACUGGCCCCAGAAGCAAGAAGUGACGCAAGCAUGUGUGGGCUUGCGAGAGUCAAUUCUCCCAAAAUUCUGCCAUGUGGCAGCCUGCAAAUAAGAAUUUUGUCACAACACCCAAUCAGUUUGAAAUCGAUCAAAUAGCAGUUUGACCCAAAAUGACUCUCCAAGUCUAUUAUCUUCUUUUACAAAUGGUGUGCCAUGAUGGGGGUAAAGAAAACUUGUGAGCUAAUAUCUUGACUUAAAAGAAACAUAAAUAUACUGUUUCUAGCUUAGGCAGUUUAAGGAAAUAUGAAUGUGACUUAAAUGUGUACAUACAUCUCUUAUGUUACAAAUCUUUUCUUUCUUUUUUCUUUUUUUAAAGAAAUGUUAAAUCCUCCAGGGAAUAUCAGUUUGGAGCGUUCUUCUCAGAGUAUAACAAUACGAUGGGUGAGACCCUACAGUUUGAGUGAACAAGAGGCUGUUGGGAAUAACUGCUAUGAAUAUAACAUUCAGAUAGACGAAAAAAUUAAGGUGUGUUAAAUUAAAAAGAAAACAUUUUGGUACGUCACAGAAUUUCUGGUAAUGCUUUGUUCACAACCAUAUAUUUAAAUAUAUUUAUUUGUUAAACAGUAAUUUGUUAAGGAAAAAGUAGCAAGUAGCAAAAGUAGCAAAUAUUGUAAUAGAGCGAGGAAAAAGACCCGCAGGGUAAAUCUAAGUAUAGAUGCUUGCUUCCCUACUCUGCCGUGCCUUCGAGGGCACUCCUUAAAAAAUGCUACUCCCCCACCUCUCUGGUGUAUAACCAAGUAUCGUUGAACAGAUAGGCUGUAAAAAGAUCUCGUAAAUAUAAUCGGCCAUAAUGGAUAGUAACCAGGUGAAAAAAGUAUGGGUGGUAUUGUCGCUUUGGUAUUAGUACAUAUCGUCCCUCAUCUCUAUAUAUAAUAAUUGAUUUUCUCACCCCCUCCUGGGUGGUAUGUUUAUUCCUCAUUCUCGGGUCCUCUACCAGAAGCCUGGGAGUUUGAGGGUUCUGUGCAGUAUCUUUUUUAGAGUUUAGAGUUAGAGAUUAGAGUUAGUGUAAGUAAGACAGAGCUUGCCUUUAGUUGCACCUGUUGAGUUUUAAUUACUAUAGUAUACAAAAAUAUUUUUUCCCAUUGUGUGGAUGUGUAUAAUGAUCUGUUAUGUAUGCAUAUUGAUGAUCAAUAAAUCUCUAUAUCUAUAUAUAGUGCAGUUUGUUUUUUGCCUGUUCAGAAACGUUAAAUUUGAUGUAUUCUAUCUUGGUACGUUGGUACAAUUUUUUAUGUUCCUAGUCUCCCAGCUGUCUUUAACAAGUAGGUUUAUCUAUUAUAGGAUGUCAUUUCUACUGCAAAUUAUACAGUACACACAAGCCUUCUUAAAGAGGAUUCUUGGUUUAAAAUCAGAGCAAGAGGAAUGCACAGUUGUGGAUUAACCAAAGAAUGGGGUGAAUGGAGUAAACAAGUACCCUGUGGUAAGCUCAUAAACCAAAACAUAUUUGAACCAAACCAUAUAUAUUUAAAGACAAAACUGCCACUGUGGGGAUACUUAGUGCUGCAGUGUAAACAUUGCAGUAUCUCUGGAACGGCAAUGUUUAACAUUGCAGCACUAGGUGCAAAAGGGACAUUAAUUAGCGGAAGUGGUCUGGGUGCCUACAGUGUCCCUUUAUAGCCAAUAACAAUGUAUUACUGACAUGCAAUUACUUACAAGCCCUAGCAAGUGUGAGUGGUGAAUUAUGUACAAAAGGCUUUAAAGCCAGUUAAUUGCAGUAUGAAGAAGUGAUACCCACAUUUUUGUUAUUAUUUAUAUUUUAACACUUAGCUUAAAUUUUAAGUUAUUUUCUUUUAUAUAUUUUGACAAGCUAUAAUAAUUAAGGGGUUCAUUGACAUUGCUUAAUAGAGUGCUAGGAUGUUUUUUUUAAUUUGUAUUUAUUUUUAUUCAUAUGCAUAUAGGUUAUAGCACAUACAAAUUUACAAACAUAAAGUGUCUUUACAACACUGGUUAAAAGUAUUAUUAUAAUACACAUAUACAUAAACCCAAAGACUUCACAUUAAUGGUGUCAUGCUUAGCUCCAUGGUGACUAGCUCUACAAGCAGAUUGAUCCUGUAUUAUAUUAUUUUAAAUACCUUACAUUUUAGGGGUCUCUGCUACCCAGGGGUUCUAUAUUGCACCAAAUUUAGUUAGUUAAAGGACCACUAUAAGCACCCAGACCACUUCAGGUUAAUAGACGUGUAGUCACACCUACUAACCCCAGAGUUGAGAAACCUGAGAGUGUUAAAGUAUCCGAGGAGGAACCCAUGCAAUUAGGGGUUGCCAAACUCUCAGAUACUGAAAAACUACUUAGAAGAAGGAACGGACUCUGCCUAUACUGUGGUAGGCGAGAUCAUAUGGUAAAGGAAUGCCAUUUGCUUCCGGAAAACUCUCGCACCUAAGACCUUAUAGGGGACUGGCCUUGGGUGUGAUAUCUAAGUCUCCUAAAUUGCCUCCUAACCGUUUGCUUCUCCCUGUUUCCCUUCAUACGGGAGAGAGUUGUAUAGCUGAAAGCAUACUAGCCUUGGUUGAUUCCGGGGCUGCUGAGAACUUCAUUGACUCUGAGUUUGUUACGAAAAAUAACAUUCCCGUCAGAGAGAGGCAGAUACCCUUGGCCAUUGAGGCCAUAGGUGGUAGACCUUUAAAUACUCCAGUAGUUACCCAUGAAACUGUACCAUUAUUCAUGUACACAGGGGUUUUACACUUUGAGACCAUUCGGUUUCAGGUUAUCACCUCUCCCUCUUCUCAUAUCGUGUUAGGGUACCCAUGGUUAUGUUCUCACAAUCCCAUCUUUGACUGGGAAUUGGGGCAAUUAAAAUCAUGGGGUAAAACCUGCCACGACUCUUGUAUGAGUAAAGUUACCCCUUUAAAUACCAUUAAUGUUCCUACUACUCCUCCUUUAUCUACUGUUAUACCUCCUCAGUACUUGUUUCUCAAAACUGUAUUCGAUAAAAGGGAAGCUGAUAAAUUACCGCCUCACAGAUCCUAUGAUUGUGCUAUCGAUUUAUUGCCUGGCACUAUACCUCCUAAGGGCAGGGUGUACCCUUUAUCUAUUCAAGAAAACCGUAUCAUGGAGGAGUAUGUUAAAGAAUCACUAGAAAAAGGGUUCAUUAGGAGAUCCUCUUCUCCGGCUGGAGCAGGGUUUUUCUUCGUAUCUAAGAAAGAGGGUGAUUUAAGACCGUGCAUUGACUAUAGAGGGCUAAACAAAAUCACUAUCAAAAAUGCAUACCCUAUACCUUUAAUUACAGAGUUAUUUGACAGGCUGAAACAUGCUACUGUGUUCACCAAAUUGGACCUUAGAGGUGCAUACAAUUUAAUACGCAUAAAGGAAGGUCACGAAUGGAAGACUGCAUUCAACACUAGGUCCGGUCAUUACGAGUACACUGUUAUGCCAUUUGGUCUUUGCAAUGCCCCAGCAGUAUUUCAGGAAUUUAUUAAUGACGUCCUAAGAGACUUUAUUCACACAUUUGUAAUUGUAUGCUUGGACGACAUAUUGAUAUAUUCUACAGAUUUACACACUCAUCACAGACAUGUCACAACGGUCCUGAAGACCCUUCUUACUAAUGGUCUUUAUUGUAAACUAGAGAAAUGUUUAUUUGACCAAUCCGAAGUCCAGUUCUUGGGGUAUUUGAUUUCCGCCAAAGGGUUUCGUAUGGAUCCCCAGAAGCUUUCUGCUGUCAUAGAGUGGCCUCUACCACAGGGCUUGAAAGCAAUUCAACGUUUUCUUGGUUUCUCUAACUAUUAUAGACGCUUUAUUAAGGGUUUUUCAUCUAUUCUAGCACCUAUCACCCAUAUGACAAAAAAGGGUGGUAAUACUCGUGUCUGGUCUCCCGAGGCACUUCAGGCUUUCGACUUUCUUAAAAUUACAUUUGCCUCUGCACCUAUUUUACAGCACCCUAUCCCCUCACUGCCUUAUAUUCUUGAAGUUGAUGCUUCUGAAAUCGGGGUAGGUGCUGUUUUGUCCCAAAGAGAAUCGCCUGAAAGGCCAUUGCAUCCUUGUGGCUUCUUUUCUAGACAAAUGUCCAAAGCUGAAAGGAAUUAUGAUGUGGGUAAUCGUGAACUCCUUGCUAUUAUCUUAGCUCUUAAAGAAUGGAGACACUUGUUAGAAGGAACUAAGGAUCCUAUCCUCAUUUUUACAGAUCACAAGAAUCUAUCCUACCUUGGUGAAGCUAAAAGAUUAUCUUCUAGGCAGGCUAGAUGGUCACUAUUUUUGUCCCGUUUCAAUUAUAUUAUCACCUAUAGGCCAGGUGAUCGCAACAUUAAAGCAGAUGCUCUGUCCAGACAGUUCGAAACUACUGACAAACAGGAGGUUGAUGUUACUCCUGUCAUUCCCCCAGACAGGAUAAUAGCCACUACUAUGUUGUCUAUUUCUUCAUCCCUCUUGCAGACCAUACAGGCGAAACAAAGUAUGGCACCUAACGAGAGGCCUAUUGAUAAAUUGUUUGUCGAUGUUCCAGAGAGACGGGAGAUUCUAUCAUUAUAUCAUGAUACUAAGACUGCUGGACAUCCUGGCAUUACCAAAACGAUGUCAGCAGUUUCUCGAUAUUUUUGGUGGGGUUCUUUACGCAAAGAUGUCACUGACUAUAUAAGUGCUUGUACUACUUGUGCAUGUAUGAAAACAUCUCGUAGAGUUCCUUGUGGGCUUCUGCAUCCCUUACCAGUUCCCAAAAGACCUUGGUCUAACCUAUCCAUGGAUUUUAUUGUUGAAUUACCCCCUUCGAAUGGUAACACAGUCAUCCUGAUGAUAGUAGAUCGGUUUUCCAAGAUGGCUCACUUUGUGUCUCUUCGCAAGUUGCCCACAUCCAAGGAACUGGCUCUUGUCUUUGCUAGAGAAGUAUUUCGGUUACAUGGUAUUCCUGUAUCUAUCGUGUCCGAUAGGGGUAGCCAAAUUAUUUCCAGGUUCUGGAAAGCCUUUUGCUCAGAAAUGGGUAUUUCUCUCUAAUUUUCUUCCGCUUACCAUCCCCAGUCUAAUGGAGCUGCUGAACGUGCCAACCAGUCUCUGGAGCAGUACCUUCGUUAUUUUGUGUCUCACCAUCAGGACAAUUGGUCUGACCUGCUUCCUUGGGCUGAGUUUGCUCGGAACAAUGCCACUCAUGAUUCUUCCGGCAAAAGCCCUUUUUACGUUGUCUAUGGCCAGCAUCCCGUUGUUCUUCCGGCUGCAUUCUCCUCACAGGGCAUGCCAGUUCUGGAUGAGCAUUUGGCUGGUUUGCGUAAUACUUGGGAGCAGGUUCAGCGUUCUUUGGUGGAUUCCGCUGCUCGCCAGAAGGCUCAGGCUGACAAGCAUCGCAGGGCAGCUCCUACUUAUGUUGUGGGGGACAGGGUUUUGCUUUCCACGCGGAAUAUUCGCCUGCGGGUGCCUUCUAUGAAAUUGGCUCCCCGUUUCAUAGGUCCUUAUCGUGUACUGCAUAAGGUUAAUCCUGUUUCAUACGCCUUGGGUCUUCCUAGGAAUCUGCGUAUUCCUAAUGUAUUUCACACCUCGUUGUUGAAGCCUUACGUACGCAACCGCUAUACCCGGCAUUCCCCGCCUCCACCUCCUGUCUCUGUGGAGGGUCAUGAGGAAUUCGAAGUCUCUGCUGUUCUUGACUCUCAUUUCCUUAGGGGUCGACUUCAGUACUUGGUGCAUUGGAAGGGUUAUGGGCCUGAGGAGUGCAGUUGGAUUUCAGCUGAUGCUGUUCACGCUCCCCGCCUUGUGCGUUCUUACCAUUCUCGUUUUCCUGCCAGGCCUGGCCCUACCCGCCCGGAGGGCGUGUCCUCAGGGGGGGGUACUGUAGCAUUACUCACCUUCUCCAGGGGCCGGCCACGGUCCUCUCUUCAAGCCGCGCGCCGUCCUGCUGCUGCACGAGCCGCGCGCGGCUCAUCCGACGGCCUCAGCAGGAAGGCGGGCAGUGACCGCGAGAAGCGGUCACGUGUCCCGCCUGAAUCUAAGAGCGCGCCGCGAGUCUCGGGCGCGCUCUUAAAGAGACAGUGGGAGCCUAAAUUGUUAAAAGGCUCCCAUUGGCCCCUGUCAUGCCACACUCCCCAUACACUUACCUUUUGGGGGUGUGGAUAUGACAGGAGCCAAUCACAUUAGUUUAGAAGCUAUAUAUACUUACCUCUCCCUUUACUCCCUGCCCUAUCGUGGUUUCUGUAUCAGUUCCCUUUAGCGCUUGUUGUGUUCAGUUGUGUUUCUCCGUCUUGACUUUGGCUUUGUUUCUGACUACGUUUUCUCUUUAUCCUUAUCUGUUCUGGUUGUCGGCUUCCUGUUCACUGUGUACCAGACCCCGGCUAGUCCUAGUUUACGCUGUCUCUCUGUGCCCUUGACUUCAGAUCGUUCCUGACUCUGCCUCCUCUCAUAUACGUCGAGUCCGGCCAUUCUAAGGUCCGGUAGACGUAUUUCUCCUCUGUGUUGUCUUCUGUUUAGCCGAAUCCUGCGUGUUGGGGUAUAUUCUCGUUACAUCUUGUCACUCAUGCGCAUUCAGCCGAUGACGUCAGAAGAGGGAGGAGAGUCUCCAGCACCGAGGGAGCACGGCGCUGGAGAAAGGUGAGUGUUUAACCCCCUUCCUCCCCCUUCAGCCUGGCGGGAGUGGGAUCCUGAGGGUGGGGGCACCCUCAGAACACUAUAGUACCAGGAAAACUAGUAUGUUUUCCUGGCACUAUAGUGGUCCUUUAGUAAUUUGCAAUAGAGUAGCUAUUUUCCAUCACUGCUUGAGUGAAACUAUCUGAAAUUUUCAGAAAUUAUCUGAAACUUUCAAAUUAUCUAAUUUCUAACUUCCUUCCACUAAAUUAUGUUAUUUUUUUUCCAAUUCCUGGCUAUAAUUAUUUCUUUGUGAGGAAAACCUGAAAUAAUAAUGCUUUGAGGUUAGCUGGUAGGAUACCAAGGUUAAAAUGAAGCAGAACCCUCUCAGGCUUAGGUUCACACUUAGAGUUCAAAAAUUUCAAAAUAAAUUUAAAUAUCUUCUCCCCUGUUAUAUUGAUCUUUUUACCAAAUAUGGAUAAAAUAACCAAAAAAAAGUACCUUGAAUGUAAUUUUGAAAAUAUUUCAAGAAUCUGUUAAUAACAUGUAGUUGCUUCAUAUUAGGGGAGUAUAUGUUUAAUAAUAAACCAAUAGCCAAAAGCUAUGAGCAAUACACCAGAACACAUAAAAAAAUCCAUCAUACAAACAUACAUACAAUAAGGCUUUUUUUUUUUUUUUUCAUAAAAAUACUCACACAGAUGGCUUCCCAUAAGACAUAUCUGUUAAAAAUCUAACUCACAAACAUCCAUUCAAUAUCCCCCUAACCCCCAGUGAAACUUUCAAAUAUACUCGCACAUAUGACUUCCCAUAGACAUAUAUGCAAUACUUUAACCCCUUAAGGACCAAACUUCUGGAAUAAAAUGGAAUCAUGACAUGUCACACAUGUCGUGUGUCCUUAAGGGGUUAAUCCACAAAUACAGAGAGACUACCGCGGGUAUAUUACGUCCUUUCCUUUCAGAUAGGGAAGAGAAAACACACACACACAAUUUAAAUCUAAUCCCUAAAUAUUGUAAUAUAUUGUAAAAUUAUCAUAAUAAACAAAAUAAACAUUAAGUGUUAAUUUUUAACUUUGUGACAGUCCUCACCUAUUCAAACCACAUUCCAGUAAAUAUCACUACUUAGGUAUUAUUUUAUUUAAGUGGUUCCACAUGAAUGGAGAUAUCCACUUAUUAUGAUAUCCCCAAAAUCUAGAUAAGUGCAUUAGAUGUUAAAUUAUUAGGUUCGUAACAAUCUUUAUGGGUUUCAACCCAUUCUUUGAUAAGCAUCUGUGUUUUAUUUAACAAGUGUUCACUAUUUGAACCUUUACCAAAACUUAACAUUAAAUAUUAUAUUAAUCAAAAUAAUAAAGUAGAUACAUUAAAGAUAUUUUUUUAAAUUUGUGGCAUUUCCCACUUGUUCCAAUCUACUCUUAAUCUGGUAUCAAUAUACACUGCUCAAAAAAAUAAAGGGAACACUUAAACAACACAAUGUAACUCCAAGUCAAUCACACUUCUGUGAAAUCAAACUGUCCACUUAGGAAGCAACACUGAGUGACAAUCAAUUUCACAUGCUGUUGUGCAAAUGGGAUAGACAACAGGUGGAAAUUACAGGCAAUUCGCAAGACACCCCCAAUAAAGGAGUGGUUCUGCAGGUGGUGACCACAGACCACUUCUCAGUUCCUAUGCUUCCUGUCUGAUGUUUUGGUCACUUUUGAAUGCUGGCAGUGCUUUCACUCUAGUGGUAGCAUGAGACAGAGUCUACAACCCACACAAGUGGCUCAGGUAGUGCAGCUCAUCCAGGAUGGCACAUCAAUGCGAGCUGUGGCAAGAAGGUUUGCUGUGUCUGUCAGCGGAGUGUCCAGAGCAAGGAGACAUGCCAGUACAUCAGGAGACGUGGAGGAGGCCGUAGGAGGGCAACAACCCAGCAACAGGACCGCUACGUCCGCCUUUGUGCAAGGAGGAACAGGAGGAGCACUGCCAGAGCCCUGCAAAAUGACCUCCAGAAGGCCACAAACGUGCAUGUGUCUGCUCAAAUGGUCAGAAACAGACCCCAUGAGGGUGGUGUGAGGGCCCGACGUCCACAGGUGAGGGUUGUGCUUACAGCCCAACACCGUGCAGGACGUUUGGCAUUUGCCAGAGAACACCAAGAUUGGCAAAUUCGCCACUGGCGCCCUGUGCCCUUUACAGAUUAAAGCAGGUUCACACUGAGCACAUGUGACAGACGUGACAGAGUCUGGAGACGCCAUGGAGAACAUUCUGCUGCCUGCAACAUUCUCCAGCAUGACCGGUUUGGCAGUGGGUCAGUGAUGGUGUGGGGUGGAAUUUCUUUGGGGGCCACACAACCCUCCAUGUGCUCGCCAGAGGUAGCCUGACUGCCAUUAGGUACCGAGAUAAGUUCCUCAGACCCCUUGUGAGACCACUUGCUGGUGCGGUUGGCCCUGGGUUCCUCCAAAUGCAAGACAAUGCUAGACCUCAUGUGGCUGGAGUGUGUCAGCAGUUCCUGCAAGAUGAAGGCAUUGAUGCUAUGGACUGGCCCGACCGUUCCCCAGACCUGAAUCCAAUUGAGCACAUCUGGGACAUCAUGUCUCACUCCAUCCACCAAUGUCACGUUGCUCCACAGACUGUCCAGGAGUUGGCAGAUGCCUUAGUCCAGGUCUGGGAGGAGCUCCCUCAGGAGACCAUCCGCCACCUCAUCAGGAGUUUGCACAGGCGUUGUAGGGAGAUUAUACAGGCACGUGGAGGCCACACACACUACUGAGCCUUUUGACUUGUUUUAAGGACAUUACAUCAAAGUUGGAUCAGCCUGUAGUGUUUUUUUCCACUUUAAUUUUGAGUGUGACUUCAAAUCCAGACCUCCAUGGGUUAAAAAAUUUGAUUUCCUUUUUUUAUUUUUGUGUGAUUUUGUUAUCAGCACAUUCAACUAUGUAAAGAACAAUGUAUUUCAGAAGAAUAUUUAAUUCAUUCAGAUCUAGGAUGUGUUAUUUUUGUGUUCCCUUUUUUUUUUUUUUUUUUUUUAGCAGUGUAUCAUUAUAAAUUAUUCAGAAUUUAAGUGCUUCCCUUUAACAAGAGAGGGAAAAAAAGUCCAGUCACUGAAACAACCAAGUUAUUAUGAGUCAUGCAAAAAAUAAACAUAGUUAUUAAAAAAAGUAUUACAAUACCAAAAAUAUUCAUUUAAGUAAAUUAACUAUACUUAUUUAGAAUUUUUCAGCCUUAAAAUAUUUCAAACUACCUUGUAAAAAAACAUCAAUAAUUUAGUUUGACUUGUUCAAAUAUUUCACUGCUUCCCUCCAUCAAAGAAGGAUAUAGCAUAUUGUAUAAAAGACAAAAAAGGAACAUUAUCGUCACCAGAAGUGCAGCUUAAUGCAGUGUGCUUCUCUGGCGUUCAGCAUCUCCAUGCUCUUCGUGGAGAUGCUGAACAUUCCCUAUAGAGAUGCAUUGAAUCCAACGUGUUUAAACCUUUUCAAUAAAACUUACACAGUAAAUAAAACUAAAUAGAAUUGAACGUUAACAAAACAAAAUCUUGAAUGAGUAUACGUUAUGCUGGAGCCCAUAUUAUCCCUUUAACUCAAACUUUUCAGGAACAGAUAUAUUAUUGCAUCAAACUGUAGUAGUCAUGGUGUCAACUUUGGGUUUAUAUAUUGUUGCUUCUCUUCUUAAAAUAGUAGACUGAACAAUUUUUAUCUGAAACAAUUUAGUUAUUGAUUGUUUUUUUCCCAUUUUCCCAAGGGUAUUCAAACAUUAAUAUGGACAAUGUACUCAUUCCCUCAUUUGUUGCUGCUGGUGUAUUGUUAACAAUCAUAAUUCUACUUUUAAUAUGCACAUGGUAGGUUUUUUGUUUUUUUUCUUUCAUAGUUAAUAUUGUAUAAAUGGCACUAAGCGAAAUAUUUCUAUUGCAUACAUAUCAGCAAGACAGAUUCAGACAGAUUUGUUUUUCUCACUUUAGCAGGAUAUUUCACUGAGUAUUUAAAAAUGUAUGCCAAAAUAUAAAAAAAUGUGAAUUUCUUCAACUACACUAUUUUUCUAGUACUUUCACCUAAACUGUCCUUGUUAAUUCCUGACUGUUCGUGGUUUAGUGAAUAACAAUGUGAGGUCGCAGUCACAAUCUACAACAAAGUCUUUCAUAUUUUUUACAGAUGUUUAUUCAGUAAAGUGCUUAUUCAAAGUCACGUUAUAAAAUGCCAACUUUUCAGUUUUUAAAAGUUAAUAAUAACAUCUAAUGAAACUAUCACAGAGGCAGCCAACUUAGCUUGAGUGACAGUUGAUCAGAUAACAGUAGAGUCUUACCCAACAUGGCUGAUUAGUCAAAUAAAAAGUGAAUUUUUCUAAAAAAAUAAAUUAAAAAUUUUUAUGCAUCAUUAAAAAAGACAUCAUUAAGUUUUAAUAAAUGUAGUAAACAUUUUUUUUUUUAAAUGAUAAGUUGACCUUUAAGGCCAGAGUAGUAGAAGUAAAAGCAUAGCUGUCUUAGAGAACUUUUCCAGUUUAACAUUACAGAUCUUAGAUUCACUUUGAAAUCUUACAUUAUUAAAUAAUCCUGUAAAUGUUGAAAAUUCACAUAUGUCCAGCACUACUGCACUGUGUCGCAGGUAAUCCCUUUAUUUGCUGCCAAACCAGACGAAUAAUGUUUUGACAGAGGUUGUGUGUUUUUAAAAUCUCCAGAAGGGAGAGCCAUAAUAAGUAUAAAUGAAUUCUCACCAAGGUUCCAAUUUAAUAUAUCUAUAAUUCAACAUUUACAUAGGCUUUUUAAAAGUCCAUUGUAUAAUAUAUAACAGACUGAAAUAUCCAGAUAGGGACCAGUAUAUAGAAAGUAAAAAUAGAUAACAUUUAGGGAUAUUUUUUGUGAACUAAGGAUAAGUAUUAUAAAUCUUAGCUUGUUGUUGUCUGUUUUUGGAAUCACUAAUUUAACUAGGAAAGAGUAUUAUAGGCAGAGAAAUACACCAGAUAUUUUUACCAAAUGUUUUAUAACCAUGAAUUGCAAAAUAACAUGCAAGAUAGCAUGAGUGAUAACUCGGUUAUUGGUUUCUUUCAGGCAGUGGGACAAGUGUUUUCCUACAAUUCCAAAGCCAAAGAUAUAUCUUGAUAUUCAACAUACCAAUGAACAGAACAUGGUAACCUGGUUAUUUACAUAUGUGUUUUUAUUAAUGGUGAAUCAAGAUAUGAUAUGCCCAAGGUUAUUCUAUAUAUCAUUUUAUAAUCCAGGGUAAGAGUGUAAUAUGAAACUAGGUACUAUGUCUGAAAUUGUAAUACACAAAAUUAGCUGUAAAAUGUCCAUUAAUUUUGAAGAUAUAUAAUUUUAGGAAAAAUCUUUUUUUUUUUUAAUUCUUUAUUUUUGUCAUGCACAAAUUAACAAGUAGCCACAGUACGCCACAACAGUGGUGCAAUCGGUAUCAAGGUACAUAGGAAUUCAAGCGGUAUCAAGGUACAUAGGAAUUCAAUAUGUAAUACAAAGUUGGUAGAUAGGCACAAUUUUUAUGUUAAUAUAAGAGAUAGGUAUGUCAGAGUAGUGAGUUCAAAACUGGUAAGUGAGUUGAGCCAGCGUGUUAGUGUACUUAGAUAAGACAUGUCUAGUUAAAUAUGUGUUAUGGAACUUGCACAGGAAUUAUACGAACAGCGAACCCCAUUUAACACAUUUGCUAGGCAAGGACAGGUUACUGUACCACUGGUUGCCUACAUUGCCCUUCCAGGGCUAAGGAGGGAAAGGUGAGUAUGGUGUAGUGAAAAAAGAGUAACAUAUAUGUAAACAGAAAAAUCAGGCGUUGAGGUAUGUAACCAUAUGCAUUGCCUUGUAUGGUGUCAGUUAUGUGUGUAUAAAGUUGAUUGUAACGCCUCACUUGUCUAGUAAGUGCUGAGAGCUAGGAAGUAGUAUACGUAGGCAGGGAGUGGGGGGGAGUAAACAGGUGUAUGUAUUGGUCGGUAUAUUGCCUGGGGGAGUUAUCAAAGAGAAAAGGCUAUGAUCAGCUAAAAUUAUAAAAUAAUACAAGAGAAAACAAGACUUAUGCUUUUAAAGUAUGUGACUGCUCUCAAGUCGUGGCAUUCACAUACGAGUCCGACCAGGGCUGUUCGCCGGGUUCCACAUAUGUGGAGGUUUUGGAGCGGUGGUGGGGGCUUUACUGGUCAGAUUUUACUGGUCACGCAGCAACGCUGUUGCACCUUGAAGAUCUUGUAGUGAGAAAGUGGAGUCUCCGUGUAUGAUCAGGAGUGUGCAGGACAGGCACCAGCAGUAGCGUAUAUAUUUCUUUGCUGCAAGAGUGAGGUAAAGGCUUGAGGGACCUCCGCCAGGCCAGGAUGCUGUUUGACAGGUCCUGGUAGAAAGCCAGGGUCAUGUUCUCAAACUGGUAUUGGGAUGUCCUCUAGAGGGCUGCAAGGACUGCUGCUUUGUCCGUUCCAUUCCGGAAGUGGACCACCAGGGCCGUUGCUUUAGCCGGUUUGGGGAUGCGGAAGAGGCCAUCCAGAGCUACUGCUUUAGCCUGCCGCGGUGGCAGUAAGGCGACCAUAAGUCUCCUCAUUAAGUGUGGUAAUUUGGCUUCUUGAAUGUCCUCUGAGAUCCCUCAACAUGCGAACAGCUGCUUCAGUAGCUUCGCUCUGCCCAGGAAAAAUCUUUUAAAAAUGCAAAAUUACUUUUCAUAUAACUUAAGAGUAAUUUUGUUACAUUAGGAACAUAAAACAUAGUGUUUAUAAAAGUAUUAUGAUAUAAAAGUAAUUCAGUUUAUUCAGUAAAUAAUAAAAUAAAUGUGCUUUAUGAAACUAUUUUUUUUCUUCUUGCAAAUGGAACUACAAGGUGAACACAUGAACUAUAAGCAGGGUGACCAGAUUUUGAAAAUAAAAAACCGGGACACCCAUUAGCGAUACAAAAAUUGCUAAAAAAAAAUAAUGUAUUCACAUAGACUUCUUUAACCUAUUCCUGGCCAGAAGUGGCUGUUACAGCUCAUCCCCUUCCUGCUACUCAAAUUAGUGUCUUUUCAUUUACAUUUUGUUGGAGCAUGAUCAGAGCACACACAUACCCUAGAUCUGGGCCAUCUUAACAGCAUAAUAGGCCCGCGGGGAAAGCUUAUAUUUAUUGGUACCUCCAACAAAAACAAUACAUACACACAGACUGCUGAGUACACACACAGACAGACUGCUGAAUACACAAACAAACACAGAGACAACUGAAUACACACACGGACAUUAGAAUACACACAGACUGCUGGAUACACACACACACAGACUGCUGAAUACACACACAGACUGCUGAAUAUAUAUACACAGAGAUUGCUGAAUACAUACACACAGGCUGCUGAAUACAUACAUACAGACUGCUGAAUACACAGACUGUUACACACAGACCGCUAAAAACAUACACACAGACUGCUGAAUACACAGACACACUGCUGAAUAGACACACAUAGGCUGCUUAAUGCACACAUGCAGACUGCUGAAUACACACACACAAACACUGCUGAAUACACACACACAGACUGUUAAAUACACACAAAUCCCCAGCUCCCUUCCUCCCUGUACAGCGGCAAACUGCCUUGGGGCCGGUGAGGGAGAUCUUUGAUCUCCCCACCGGCCCGUGAAGGCAGAUAGCAAAGCCUGCUCUGCAUGAGGCCAGCAGUGGGGAUGAAAGGAUCUCCCCUGUCGGCCUCAAUAUGGGGAAAGGAGCCGGCUCUACAAAACCGGGACACCAAGACAAACAGGGGAAAACCAGGAUGAUCCCGGUAAAACCGGGACGUCUGGUCACCCUGACUAUAAGAUAUCUCUUUUGACAGUACAUGAAAUAGGCAGCAAUCCUGGCCCUCCCACAGGGCUUGACUGGCCCACCGGGAUACUUUAAAAUGUCCUGGUUGGCUCCAGAAUCUGUCUGAGAGAAAUAAGGAGGCAGGUGCUAGGGGCUUGUGCAUUAAGGCUGCUGGUGGCAGGAGGAAACAAUGUAAGUUUCAUUUCACAAAUCCCAGCAGCUUUUCUGGGCCUCUUCUGCUCCAUCCACACAUCUAACCUCCACCCCCAGUCUCAGUCAACUGACCUUGCAGGCAGGAAGAGGCCAGAAAAUGGCGACUUCACCUCCCAGUGCUCCCACAGCCUUCAGUGCCAGGUAGGUUUCAAAUACUCAGCAUGAAGAGUGAUUGUGUGUGUUUGCUAGUGUGUGAGCUUGUAUGUUUGUGUUAGUGAGCUUGUCUGUAGUGAGCAUGUGUAUGUGUCAGUCAGUUUGUCUGUUGUGAGCAUAUCUGUUUGUGUCAGUAAGUUUGUCUGUAGUGAGCAUGUGUAAGUGUGUCUGUAGUGAGCAUGUCUCUGUCAGUGAGCUUGUCUCUUGUGAGCUUGUGUGUGUUUGUGUUAAAUUCUGUUUUAUUGGAUUAUCAUUCAAAGUUUCAGAAAGAGUUAACACUUUGCAGCAUAUUAAAACAACAAUAAAGUAAAACAUACAGCAGUAUUAAACAUAUGCGGUAAUGAAAAGUAUAGCACUAUACAACAUGCGAAAACAGAGCCUAAGUAAGUAAUAAAAAACACUUAAACUUUGAUGGUAUGCGUGAAUACUCUCCUGCCUUCAAUAUGUGCGUAAUUCUAUCUUACCCCUGAAUUUAGUAUAAUGAAAAUAAAGUGUGAGCUAAUGUGAAUAUGUGUAGUAGUAUAAUGCCAUAGGUUGUUGCCGCCUUCUACAAUAAGUACAUAUGUUGUCAAGCAAAUAUAACAAAUUACGAUGAUUAGUGUCUUAGAACAAAGCCUGGAUUCUCAUAAGUGGCACAAAUGUAAAAUGGCAUUGUAGGGGUCAUUGUUGACACAUGUCUCAAAAAAGGGAUAUAUUGGUGUAAAGCAUAAAGCAACACAAUAAAUGAGAACCUGAUUGUGCAUAAUUCGCCUACAUACGCCUACAGUACAUGGAAUAACACAGCAUUAGGUAGGUAAGAACAGACGUGUGUUGAAAAUGCAUCCUGACACUGAGUUAAAAGCAAAUUUUUAAAACAGGCAACUAAUUAUCAUAAUGACGAUGUGGUGAGAUCUAGAUAAAUAGUAAAUAUAAUAUGCUGUGGGACAUAGGGGCUGAAACAUCCACUUAUAUGUUAUUUCAGGGGCAUGUUAUUGAAAUCAAUCCAUAAACAGGACUAAAAAUUAUAUUAUAUAUGUGGGGCAAUCCCACACAAAUGGGAUCAGAAAAAAUGAAUACAGCCUACGUGGAGACCCCUAAGGGGAAUAUAUCCUAGUGCCCCCAAGGGUCUUUUACAGAGCAAAUACUGCUAGGCAAGCAGAGGAGGUGUCUCUGAAUUUCAGGAUUGGUUGAUGCCCCCAAGGGCGCAGGUCAUUUUCCCGCACUUCUCCAGGCCAGACCAAGCCCCCAAAUGAGAGUUCCACAGUACAACGGGCAAUCGAAUAUCAGUCUGCAGUCUGCACCCCCCACCUAGAGUCCCUAUACCAGCUGCCUCCUGCACCCCUACCGCACCACCUGAGCUCCAGUAGGUCAGGGUGGAUGUUGUUGCUUGUCUCUUGCUUCUCCGGCCACUCAGGGUAGGUACCGCCUAUCCACUUCCGCAGCCCUACCCCUCAGGGCUCAUAGUAAUGUAAUGUAAUAUUCUGUAGGCUCCACAGCACAGCAGGGCACUGUCCCAGAGCUGCUACAUCGGACAUCAGUCCCCAAGGGCAUCAUAUGCGCGCCUUCUCUCUUCUGGCUGUCAGCAGAUGAGAGGGGGCGGGCAAAGACCGCGAGCUGUCAGUCAGCUCAGCUCGCGGCCUCGCACACCGCGCUCAUGCACGGUAGUGCGCUCAGAACUUCAGAGGGCGGCAUUCAUGUAUGUGCGCAUAUGUGGCGAAGUCAUGCAUGCGCACAAGGGAGCAAUGACGCUUCCAAAUGGAAGCGUCUGAUUGCUCCCUGCUCGCGCCCGCCUAUUUCAUCGAAAUUGGGGGCGCGGCUUCACAAGGCUCCCAGCGCUGGAACAAGGUGAGUAAAAUUAUUUGCUGUCCACUAGGUGGGUUCAGUAGCUGCUCUGAUUUGUCUGCUACCUGAUUCCUUUAUCUGUAUUCCCUGCCACUCCGCAGCAGUGUGCAGAAGUGUCCUCGCAAACCUCUCCUGUCCGCUGGUGUGUUGCUCCUCCGGAGUACGGAUCAGGUGACAUGUGUACCAUGACCCCCAUGCUGCUCCAGGAUUCUAUUUAAACUCUUAGAAUCCUGUGCACCCUUGUAUAAGUUACCUGGAGGCAGUGUGGAGGUCAGUGAGUAUACAAACGGACAUAGCAUCCCGCCCACAUAGGGGAUUUGUCUCACCUGACCACUGGUUACCCUGUUUCCUUAUAUACGUCCUUAGACCCCUCCUCUUGGGAGGGCCCUUACUCCCUUUCCCCUAUGAAAGCACAGAACACCCUUGGUUCUGUGCUCAGUUGUUUUGUUCAUCCCUAGAAGUCAAGCGCCAUCUCCGAAGGCAUAUUGCCUACCUUUGUUUAUGGAAAACCCUUGCUGUGUAUCCUAUAUUCCUGUUUCCUGCUGAUUCCCUUUUAAAAUAACUUUUGUAUAUUUGACUUUGCAUUAGAUUAACCCUUGCAAUGCUGAUUCCCCUUUAAGGGUCUUUUGCAUAUUUGACCUUGCAUUAGAUUAACCCUUGCUACACUUAUUCUCCUUUGGACUGCCUUACCUAGUGAAAUAACUCUGGUAAAGGACUCUGUUUUCUUUAAGAACAUUUAUUUGCACAUUGAAACAAUUACUUUACUGUUCCUUUAUUUUCUACAUAUGAAACCUGCAUUUACGUUACAAAUAAAAGACCUGUUAAUUUGGUGACUGUGCUCGCCUCCAUCUUUGCAUCCUGAGCCCAUUCACCCAACCCGUGACAUGAGCUUUUCUGUAGUGAACAUAUAUGUGUGUGUCAGUGAGCUUGUCUGUAGUGAGCUUGUGUGUGUUAAGGAGCUUGUCUGCAGUGUGCAUGUGUGCCAGUAAACUUGUCUGAAAUGAGCAUGUGUGAAUCAGUGAGCUAGGCACAUUUGUGAGUUUUAGAGCAAGGGGCAUUGUACUACCCAGAUUAGUAAUCACAGCCUUAAUAUAAGCAUGUCGCUGAAAGAUUUUCCCAUGACAAGAAGCCCAAACCCUUUCCCCAAGAAUACCCAUUCAAAUUCUCAAAGAAGACACUGAAAGAACUUCACCUAUUGUCACUAAGACAGUGAAGGAAAGCCACGAAAGGCAGGAUGAAAGUAAGUCCUCUAGGAAACCAUUUCCAACCCCAUGAACUCCUUGGGCAAACCCUGAACCAUAUAGAACAAAACCAAAUAAAUAUUUCUUCAGUCAGAGCUUCAAUUAAUCCACUUUCUUCCUGGAAGGCAAAAACAGAAUUGAGACUUCAGGUGGGGGGCUAACAAUAGAAGAGCAUGGCAUUUGAAGUGUUAUUGUCUCCUUUGUUUGAGAUAAAUGUCAUCCCUUAUGCCAUUACUUAUGGGUUUUCACCAUCUUAGGAACAAAACAAAUAUCCUAGACGUUACAUUUUUGUUAUCCAUAUGUACUAAUUGAGUUAUUUCCAUGCACUUGCGAGUGUUUUGAAUUGUAAGUUUCAUUAAUAAUUUCAAUCGGUUUUUUUCUUGUAGAAUUUGUUGGUUAAGAAAACCUAUUUUUUCCUUAUCACGUCACUGAAUAUAGCCUUGGUACAUUUAUCUUCAAUCUUUUUCUCUGCUCUGUCAAAGUUUAUUUAGGAGAUUCCAACACUUCUCAAUAUCGAGUCAUACCCUUUUUUAUAGAUUAUUGGUAUUCUGAAACAAUAUACAUGAAUCAUUUAUCAAAUGUUUUAUAUUUUUUUCCCUAGGCAAACGAAGGUGAGAACCAUAUAUUAAGUGAUGGAUCAGUCACCACCCUAAUUGAAGAUAUCAACUGAUGGAGCUCUUUCAAGCCAUUAUUAUAUAUUCUAUUAUAUAUAGAUAUAUAGAUAUAUACACACACACACACACCAACAACAAACUGAUCUUAUGCUGCCUGUGGUGACAAUGAGCAAAAUUAUGCACAAACAAAUUGUUUAGCAAAAAAAAUAAAAAUAAAUUACAUUUAGUGGUAGGAUGUGAUGAGAGAUACAUUAUCUAUGGGAACUUAUCCUAGAAUUGGACUUGGAAAGCUGGCACCCCAGUUUAGGUGACCAUUUAAAUUUGUGGCAUUAGGGGGACACUGUCAUAGCCUUAAGCGAUUGUUCAUGUUUACACGGGACAGGUUCAGUGACUACAUUUUCCAGUCUGAAUCCAUGAGGUACUCAUGUAAGCCACUAGUUCACUUAUGUGAUAAUAUUUGCUCCCUACUCUCCUUAUUUAUGUGAAAUCACGCUAGAGAUUACAUAUGUGCUCAACUUGAUGUUUCACUGAUUUGUUUGCAUUAUUUAUUUCUUUCAUUUGCUUAAAUGUACUUACUUACAUGGUAUAUAUUAUCUGCUCUCAUGCCUGGCCCUGCGUGGAUCCAUUUUAUUGUCUCUGGUCAUGGGACCUGUGUGUCUGCUGCCUUGUAUGUGCUCUUUCUAUACUUGCCAAUGCCUCAAUAAACACUUUGAUUAGAAAAAAGAAA